AUGGAGGGAAAUGAGGAAGAUCGGCCUCCACCGACAGGAGUGUCAAAUCAACAGCAGCCAACAAGACAUCUAAACAUUGACACAACUGUUACUGGAAGCAUUUCUCAACCAGUUAGUCCUGCAAUGAGUUAUGCGACAGGUAUAUUUUGAUCUAAGAAUAAUAAUUUACAAACUAAAAAUAACAUUACUGUAGAUCGUGAAACAGUGCUACGCAGCGCAAGUGGCCACGCAACAGUCGCCGAAACUCAUUUGAUUCGUUCGAUCGGUUCACAAUCUCAAUCAUAUACCGAAGAACAUUGGAGUAGCGAGAUUACGAGUUUUGUUGCUCUUGCUCCUCCAAAAUUUAUUCAAGUUAUCAAAGCGUAUCGAGUUCUAGCAUCCGAUACCAUUAGUCUUGUUGUGGAAGUCGCUUCUGAUCCACCAGCAAUUUUUGAAUGGUUUUGCAAUGAGAAAUCUGUGCUACAGGUAAAACUUACACCAGAAAAAUUAAUCAUCAUGUUUUUCCAGGACCGAUCACGCUUUCAAAUUGGUCAUGGGAUCAAUAUCAGUCGCCUGAAAGUUAAUCAACCGGAACAGGGUGUUUAUAAAUGUGUGACACGGAAUCCGGCUGGAAUGAGCACAAGUUAUGGUUAUAUAACUGUGAAUGCUGAUCGAGAACAUCUUUCGCAGUCAAAAGAGGACAUUCGAUCAGUUCGACAACACAGUGUAACUUAUCAUCAAGCUCCAAGAUUCUUGACACAGGUAUUCUUAAUUGCUUUUCACUGAAUUAGUGAGAGACACUAAUGCACCUUAUUCUCUUUCAGGUUCCAAAUCUUUUUGUUACUGCUGGUAGUCAAGUUAUUAUUGAUGUUGAAGUUGAUGCAAAUCCACCAGCCAGAUUUUCUUGGUUUGUUAAUGGUCGAGAAUGCACUAUUCAUAAUGUUGAGAUGUUCUCACCGGAUGCGAAUCGAAGUGUUGUUCGAUUCUCACUUCCAAUUGCUGGUGAAUAUAAAGUUGUUGCAUCAAAUGUUCAUGGAUCUGCAAUGAGUUGUGGACAUGUUGAUAUUCAACGAACUGAAACUGAAGAGAUCCAUCAACAGCAAUAUAAUCAAAUGGAUUCGAUGACAAGUUCGAUGAGAAGUGGAAGACCAAGUCGACAAGCAACAAAUCUUUUUGAAUUGAAUUAUACACAACGAUCAAGUAGUGUUCCAAGAGGUGUUCGACAUCUCGAAUCACAUGUCGAAGUUUCAAAUGAAUCAUCUGCUUUACAAACUCGAGUUCGAGAAGGUAUGUUGAAUACUAACAUUUUGAAAACAUUGUGUUGGAUGGAUAAGUUUUGCGUUUCAUUUUUUUCUCGCUCAUCGCAUGUCAAAAAAUUUCAGACGCCGCAAGUAUUGUUGGAGCUCGUUUCAAUAGAAAUUCAACUCGACCACCGGCGCAAUUAACACGACGAUUUUUACCAGAGCCACCAAAGUUUGUAACAACACUUCCACAAAUUGUAACUUUGACCACUGACGAGAAAUUAGUUUUGUCAGUUGAUGUGCAAGCGAUUCCUGCAGCCGAAAUGCAAUGGCAUAUUAACGGAUUUGAAUUGAAAAAGAGUUCGAAUGUUGUACUUCUAAACGAACAUAACAAAUCAACAUUAGUCAUCCAUCCACCAGUUAAACAAGGAAAAUAUAGAAUAACUGCUAGAAAUGAUGUUGGAAGUGAAUCAAUGACAACUCAAGUUCAAAGAACAGGAGAUCUUGAAGAUGCACCGGAUAUUGUUGAGACUGCAGUUACUGUAGUUACUUCACACGACGGCGAAGAUGAUGUCGAAUCACAUUCAUCUUUCCAAACUGUUCGUAGAAUGAAAGAUGUUGAUAUUCAACCAUUUAUCGAGGCAACUUCUCCAAAAAUCACAACUGGACAAGUUAAUCCGUUUGCCAAUGUUCUUGGAUCAAAAAAAUCACCAGUUCCAAAGGGAAAAGAUUUACCAUUUGCUCCCAGAAUUGUUGGAUAUCCAACUGAUUCGAUUUUCCGAUUGAUCGAAGGAACACCAAUGCGAUUGAAGAUAAUUUGUAGUGCACUUCCACCAGCCACAUUUUUAUGGAUGCUCAAUAAUUUCGAAUUGAGAAACAAUCAAAAUGUCACAAUUCAUUCGGAAGAAAUUAAUGAAUCUGAAGUUGAAUUCAAAAAUACUCCAGCAGGAAACUUAUCCGUAAUUGCAAGAAAUAAUAUGGGAGAAGAUCGUUGGGCUUCAAAAAUUAUGAUUGAUUAUAAUAUUCAAUCAACAUCAACAUCAAAUCAAAAAACAACAACGACAACUAGAAUUGAGGAAUUGUUCACAUUAGAAGAAUCUGUAGUCACUGAAGUUUUGCCAACUUCUGGACAACGUGGACAAAGAAUUGUAAUUGUUGUCAAAUUUGAUGAAACUCGAACUACAAGUUGCCAAUUUGUCUGGACAAUUAAUGGAACUAAUGCUGAAAUUAUUGAAGAUGUUACAAUUGAAAAUAGUGAAUUUGAGAGUUCUUUAAUAAUUGAGAGAUUGGAUGAAAAACAAAGUGGUGAAAUAGUUUGUCAAGUUCGAAAUACAAAAGGCGAUGUUUUCACAUCUUCAGCUUAUUUGAGUAUCUGUGAGUCUCACGCUUACUAAUCUUUUUUUUUUUUUUGGAAAGAAACACUUGAUAACAGUCUGUGUUACAUUUUCGAAAACUCAAAAAAGUUCCUGAAUUUUUUAAAACGUUAUAUUUUUCAGCUGAUGAUGAAUCUUUCGAAAUAGUUCCACCAGAUCUUCCGGAAGAAAGUGCUCCAAAAAUCAUUGAACCACUUCAUUCAACAACUUUUCUCGAUGGUCAACCAAUGUCACUCCGCUGCAAAAUCACAGCCAAUCCAUCCGCAGCAAUUGUUUGGUCAAAAGAUGAUAUUGAUGUUGAAGAAUGGGUUCUCAAUAAAGAUGUUCUCACAUCAAUUAAAGAAGAUGGAACUUGUGAAUUAUUGAAUCCAGAAGUUUUUAGUGAAGAUGCUGGACUCUACAAAUGUACUGCAACAAAUCCACAUGGUACUGCUGAAACUGCAGCAUAUAUUAAUGUGGAAGGAGUAGAAUAUGUGAAAGAUUUAGAGGAAGCUGAAAUUUCAGAAUCAGUUCUCACCGAAGAUGUUAUGGUCAUUUUGCCACCAAAGUUUACAGAACAAUUGACAGCCGAAUUAGAUAAUUAUGAACAAUUGGGAUAUAUCAGAUUGGUAGCAACUGUUCAAUCGUAAGUUAAUUGUUUUUUUAAAUACAAAUAAAUAGAUGAAAUAUUUCAGAAUUGCUCCAAUUACUGUAACUUGGCAAAAAGAUGGCGUCGAUUUGUAUGAUUCACCAAAACAUGAAGUUGUUCAAUUCUCAGAUGGUGCUCAAAUUUUGACUAUUCGUGAGCCAAAAUCAGACGAUUUUGGAGUUUACACUUGUACCGCUGAAUCCGAACAUGGUGUAAGCAACAGUAGUUGUCAAGUUAUUGCGACACCCAAAGAAACUGGAAUUGAUGAUGAUAUUGAAGUGAUUCACAAAGAAGAAGUUUCUGGAACAGCGGCUAUUGAGAAACAAGAAGGUUAGUUUACUUUUUGUGAUCUACAGUAGCUUUUAUGAAUUUAUUUUUCAGAAGAAUUCAAAUUGUUGAUUAAAGUGGCUGAUCAAGUUGCGAGUACUCUUGUUGCAAAUGUUUUCCUUGAUGCUGUCAGAGAAGCUGUCAAAAAAUUGGCAGAAUCUGAAGAUGAAGAAGAUGAUGGAAACAAAUCUGAGCCAAGAUUCGAAACUGGAGUUGAAGAAUAUCAUGUUAAAGAGAAUGGAACUAUUAAAAUGAGUACAACUGUUAGUGGAAAUCCAACACCAAAUAUUGAAUGGUAUUUUGGAGAAAACAAGUUGCAAGAAGAAUCGUCUUCAAUUGUUCUUGAAAAUGUUCUUCGAAAUCAAGAAGGAACUUAUUAUUGUCAUGCUACAAAUAUUCAUGGAACUGCAGUUUUAUCAAUGAAAUUAAAUGUUGAUCCAGUUGAACAAAUUACUCAUGUUCUUGUUGAAGAUGAAAAAGAGAAAGAGAAAAAAGAAAAGGUAAUUUGAGAGAGAAAUAAAACUAGAACUAAUAAUAAUAUUUUAAGGAACUCCGUUUGGCAGCUGAAAAAGUAUCCGAACAUUUAGUUCAACUAUGGUUCCAAGAUGUGUACACCGAAGUUGCAAAUCAAACAUCGCAACCCGUGGAACAAGAAAAAACACAAAAACUUGAACCAAUUCCAGAGAAUGAACCAGAAAAGGUUUUGGAAGAAGUUAGACAAUCAAGUCCAAUAAUGCCAUAUGAUGAAAAAGUGAAAUCUCUCGAAUCAAAUCUUCGACGUGUUGCAUCACAAGAAGAACUUGAACCAAUUCAAGCCACAAAUAUCUUAUUGAAUAGUGCAAUGGCUCUCAAAGAUUCCCAUAUUUCUGACGAAACAACAACAGUAAUUGUAACUCAACAACCACAACAUUAUGAGCAAGUUGUUACUGUGAUUGAAUCGAAUAUUGAAACUCAUACGCUAUUUUUGAGUACAACAACAUCAGUUCCAUUGAAGUUUAUUGAUUUCGAAACUAUCAUUCAGAAACCAAGCACAUCUUGUGAAACUAUCGAUAAAAUGAUUAUUGAAAAAUCGAAAAAGACAGCAAAUGCUCAACAUAGAAUUGUUGUCUUACAAGGAAUGUCCAACACUUUCCACAAUGCAAUCACAUGGAGUUUGAAAAAAGUGAAGAAACUUGUUGGAGAUGCUGAAUCAAAAGCUUAUGCUCAUGUCGAAGUUGUGAAACAAGAUGAAACAAAUGAACAAGUCAUGACAAUUAUUGACAACGAAACAAUUGUACCUGAGCUAUUGCAAGUUGCAGCAGCAGCUAACAAAUUGAAAUUGGAAAAUGUUAGUGUUGCUCUUGUUCGAGAUGGUGAUCGAGCACAUCAAGAAUUGGUUAUCGAAUAUGAGAGUUCAAUUGAUGAACCUGCUAGUGCAAUUGCAGAAAAGAAUACUUCACAUGUUUUGUUCCAGAAUCCUACUCAACCUGUGAGUUUUUGAGUAUAAUUUUUGGAAAAAAAUACAAUUUUUUCCAGGGACCUGAAGAACAUACAUGGUCUCGCCGUUCAAAAUAUGACGAGGAAGAAUCACAUGUUGUUGCGGUAUUUGUUGAAGUCGAUGCAAAUUGCCCAGAUCAAAAUGUCGAAAUCGUAGCAACUGUCAACUCUCCAGCUCAAAUACCUCUAUCAAUUAACGAAAAUAAUGAAUUGACAGAAGUUAGUCAAUCAUUGGCUACUGAAUCGAGUGCAGCACCACAAGCUCCGAAAUUCUUGCGAAAAUUGGCGAAUUGUCAUGGAAAAAUAGGAGAGCCUGUUCAAUUGAAAUGUUUGAUUGCUGGAAUGCCACAACCGGAAGUUGAAUGGACUGUUGAUGGAGAUCCGAUUAUACCAAAUGAGUGAGUUUGAAUUUAUUAUGAAUAUAUUUUCGAAUUAUUUUUUUUUGCAGAGAAUACGAUAUUGUUUAUGAAGACGGUGUUUGUAUUCUACGAAUUGAAUCAACACUUCCAGAAGAUGAAGGUGAAUAUUGUUGCAUUGCUUCAAAUGUUGCUGGUUCAGUCACAAGCAAAUGUUAUCUCAAAUUAUCAGGUUAGUUAUUUAAUUCAGUAUCAUCAUUCGAAACUUUUCAAUGUGUUUGAAAAACGAGACGCAAUCGAGAGAGUUAUUGGUACAUACAUAUAUACUUUUGUAAAUUCUUGUUGUUUGUUUUUUACCUCUUCUUCCUUUUACUUCUUCUUUGCUAACCAAAAGGCGCCCACCCGGCUUCAAAUUCUUUUUUCAUUUUUUCUUCUCAACUCAAAACUGCUCGUUCGUUUUGUUUUUCUUGCGCAUAGUUAAGUUUUGCUUGAUGCAUGUGGGUGGGUGCCACUUUGCAUGUUUGGAUUUUAAUUUUUUGCAGAAAAUAUUGAUGAUGAUAAUGAGGAAGAUGACGAAGAGCAACUAUUGAUGCAAUUAUCAACACAAGAUAUAUCUACUGAUAUUUAUCCAAUUAGUGAAUAUGAAGAUGCGAUAACUGCGGAAUAUAACAAAGAUUUGAAAAGAACUGAAUCUUUCAAAAAAUUCUAUGAAGCAGCGGAAACAACAGUCAAAGUUACUGAAUUAUAUCAAAGUGAACAAACUUCUGCCAAAAUUAUAAUAAAUCCCGAAGCAAUUGCAACUAGCAAUACAAGUAUUAUGUUUUGUAAUCAAAACACAAAUAUUAAUGAAUCGAUCACGUCGAAUUUUGGAACUGGAAACAACCGAUUGUCAGUUACAAGUUCCACAAAUUCUUGGGAUUUCUUUAAUGAACCAUUUCCGGAAAGCAAAGAUGUUAAAAUAAAUGAAUCGGAUCAACCAAGAACACCAAUUCUUCCGGGAAAAUUAUCCUAUAAAGGACAAGAAAUAUUUGCAAAAGGAGAAGAAUUGAAAAAUUGUGUUCUUCAAUUUGAUGCAGAACUCAAGGCUAGUGAAGUUGUUUCAAAAGCAGAGAAGAAGGUUGUGAAAGAUGUGGAUUUAGAUGCAAUUGCAAAGCAAGUUCAACAAGAUUUGGAAUCUUUGCGUGAAAUUAAUGUGAAAACACCAGAAAAUUUGGAUGAAUUGGCAAAGAAAGUUGAGAAAGACAUCAGUAAUAUGAUGAAAAAUAGAAAACUGGAAGCACUUGAUUUGAAAUCGAUUGAAAAUGCAAUUUUCUGUAUUUCGGAUCAAAUUGCACUUCAGAAACCAGUUUCUGAAGCACAACAACAAGCAAAUGAAGAAAUAUUGCGGACUGCGUUGGCUGAAAUGAUUUUGAACCAUGAACCAAGGAAUAAUCAAAAAGAAAAACCUGUUCAAAACAAAACUGAUGAGAAAAGCGAAGCUAUCGCAAAACUUCGCAAAACCAUUUCCGAAAUUGAGAAUAAUUUACUAGAAGACACUGAAGUUACUGAAAUUCUGAAAAGAAAAGGAAAUGAAAAUGACAAAAGAAAAGCUGUUCGAAUUAAAAGAGUUCCAAGUGCACAUUCUGCUAGAAUUACUCCGAUUACUAUGAAUUUAAGAGAUCGAUUAACCCAGUUACAUCAAAUGACUGUUAGUGAAGAUUCGGCAUCGCGGGACAAAAAAGAGGAUGAAGAAAUUCAAGAAUUGUUCCGAAAAAUCGAAAAAGAAAUAAACACUAUUGCCGAACUUUGCAAACAAAAGAUGACUAAAAAUGGUGCUGAAACAGUCACACAUGUUUUGAAUUCAGUCUUGUUACAUGUCGCAAGUAUUAUAAAUGUUAUUAGAGUUGCACAAAAUCUUCAACCAAUAGAAGCAAUGAAUACUUCAAAUGAAAUAACUGUUUGGUACAGUUUCGAAGUUAAACCAGAAUCCGAAGAUAUUAUUGGUAUUAUUGAUGAAGAACCAUCAAAUAGAAUACCAACGAGUACUCCAAGAGGAUCUAUAACUUCAUUGAAAAAAUCAAUCAUGAGAAGUAUGGAAGAAAGUCCAGCUAGCUUUGAAUCUUCAAUGAUUAAAUCAUUAAUUUCAAGUGAAGCAAGUACUAUUAAAAAUGAAGAGGAAACUAUUCCACAAGCCCCGCCAAGAACAAAACAUUUAUCACCAGAAAUUGAAAAACCAGUUCGUCCAGAACGAAGAAGUCGUUCUCGAGCAUCGGAAGAAAUCGAAGAAAUUCCAGUAAGACCUCCUAGGCGAAGUCGUUCAAUAAUGUCAGAAGAAGAGAAUCCACCAGUUAGACCACCAAGAAGUAAAUCUCGUCCGACAAAAACAAUCGAGCCACAAGAAAAAGAAUGCAACAGUAAUAUUGUUAUUCAUAGAGCCAGUUUUUCAUUUUCCAAUUUUUAUCAUGAAUACGACGAAGUUUAUGCCAUUGUGGAUAUGUCGAACACGAUUGCAUUACAGUAUGAUAUUCCAAUGUUUGAUGAUUUGGAAUCGAUUCAAAUGUUAUGUGAAGAAUCAGAUUAUCCAUCAGAUACAGAUAGAUCACUUUUAUUAUCAGGAAGUGUUCGAUAUUUCAAUCAUUCAACAUCCGAAAAUGAACCACAACCGACUGAAGAUGUUUAUGUUAAUGUCGAACUUCAUUCAGUUUCUUCGUUGAGUGUCGAUAAUUUGAACAAUAAUUCCAAAGAAAGUGAAGAGAUAUUAGAAGUCGAAGAAAUAAAUGCUGAUAUAUCAUUAAUCGGAAAUUCAUCUGUAACUGUAGAUGUUGUUCUUGAAGAGAAGGAACUCAGCCAAAUGCUUAGCCAAAUGAAUACAACAAUUUUAUCGGAUAGAGCUUUCUCUUCAAACACAAUUCGAGAAACUGACAUAUUGAGCGAUGAAUCAAUUACAUUCGAAAUCACACCAGCUCCAGCUGAGAUAACAGAAACAUUUUCUGUUACAAAACGAAGUGCUAGAAGAAAAGUAACGGGUAUUGUGGUACAUUCAUUGUUAUACACAAUAUCUGCUACAGUGGCUGCUGAUAACACAUUCGAUGUUGAUGUUGUUCAAGAACCACAAAAAUAUAGUAUUUCAAUCAAGGUUAUCGAAGAUAUUGUUGAUUAUACUUCAUUGACAAUUAUGUCAGAUUGUGAAGAUGAUACUCCUGAAGUUGUUAUAACUAAUCUACAAACAGAAAUUGAUAAUACUAAAUUGCAAGCUGGCUCAAUUGAUGAUAUCAGUUUAGCAACGACUAGAACUGGAAUCACCGUUUCAAUCGUUGCAAGAAGUUUGAAUGAUGGAAUUUACGCAUCUUUGGAAGAAAUUGCAUGGGGAGAAGUUGAAAUGACUUUACCCGAAGAAGUUCGUCAUAGUAUGUUUAAUGUGACAGUUUCGGAAGCCGAUGGAAACACUUUAAAAUCACAAGUAUCAUUGAGAAGCUCACAACAAGAUAUUUCUGAAAUUGAAAAUACUCUCAGCUCGACCGGAACUAUUUCAAUUCCAAGUUAUGUUGUCAAACUCGAAUCAACUGCAACAAUUACAUGUGAACUGAACAAUUAUUUGCCGAAAGAUUGUAGAAUUGAUUGGUAUUGUGGAAAAUCGAAAGUUGUUAUUGACAAUGAGAAAUUCGAUAGAAUUAGUCACGAUUUAUUAGAGGUUCUAAUUAUUCGAAGUGUUGAACCAACAAGCGGUAAUCUUUAUAGUCUCAAAAUCAAUGAUGAUAUGUUUCCUGUUGCUUAUCUAAUUGUCGAAAAUCCGAAUGUAAUAAGUGUAACUGGUAACAUUCUUACUCGACCACAAACACAAUUUGUUAUGGAAGGCCAACCAACUGUUAUAACAUGUACAAUCGAUGAACCAAGUGUGGCUGUAACUUGGUUGAAAGAUAGACGGCCACUCCAUGAGACGGAGGACAUAUUUUUCGAGAAUGAUGAUUGUGGAACACAUCGAAUUAUGAUUCCGCUCACUCAAAUAUCUGACCAAGGAACUUAUCUUGCAUUAACUUCGACACAAAGUGUUGCUAUCACUUUAGUAGUAGAAGGUGAGUUAACUUGUGGCAUAUAUGAAAUUCCCAUUAGAAAUUUUUAGCGUAUUUUUUAAACCAUUUUUUUUCACAUUUCUUCAGAAAUUUAAAAAAUCAUACCUAGCGGAUAUAGGAAAAAGCUUUGGCUCGGAGUUGAACCCAUAAAAAUUAAGCGAUGAAAUAAAAAAUGCAAAAAAAGGUUUUUCUUCGAAAUUUGAAUUUUUUGAACAUUACAAUUUAAUUUUCAAAAAAAAAACAAAUAUUCUUCCAAAAAAUUCACUCAUUUCAGAACGAAUAGAAGAAAAAGAAGUGACAGUAGUUCCAUCUGGAACAGAAAGUGAAGAAGAUGAUGUUCAAGAAUAUCUUGUUCCACCUGGAAGUACGGCAACAAUUGCUUGCGAGUUGGAAGAAUUCGAAAACGAGAGAUCGAUUCGUUGGCUGCGCGACGGAAAAGAUAUCCGCUUUGAACCCGGAAAAAUUGAGCAUGUUCAAAAUGGUCUAAAGCAUUAUUUAGUUGUCCAUGAUGCUACAAGUGUUGAUAGUGGAUUGUAUAGUGUGUGUAUUUCUAAUACUGAAUUCCGUGUUGCUCAUUUAUGUGUGAAUAGUGUUACCUCUACGCUUCAUGCGUUGAAACGAAAACGAAUAUCUAACAAUUCUUUACAAUCAUAAUACUUUUGAAAUAUUUAUUUGUUAUUAUUUUUAUCAUUAUUACUGUCCUUAUUAUAUAUUUAUUUGUUAACUCUCGAUUGCGUUUCUCCAAAAAUAUUCGAAUAAAUAAAAAAAAAAUAUAUAUUACAAAAAAACACCAAUCCAGAUAAAAUUUUAGAUAACGAACCAUGCGAUGAAACAGUUGUACCAUUUGGAGUUACUGCAACUAUUCAAUGUCAAACAUCAGAUUCUCAUCAGGAUAUUCAGUGGUGCAAAGAUGGUGAAAGUCUUCCAUCUGAUUCUACAAAACAUAUUUAUUCAACAUCAAGCGAUGGGCAAAAUCACGAACUUAUUAUUUCUAACAUCGAUUGGUCAGAUGCUGGAAUUUACUCUGUGAAAAUUAUUGGAAAACUGUCGCCAGUGUCAAAAAUUAUUGUUGUAAAUGGUGAAUUGAUAACACAAGCAGUUGCGGAAGAAAUUGAACCAGAAGUCGAUGUUUCUCUUCAUGUUCAAGAUUCAGAUGAGAUUGCUGAAUUGAAUGUUGCACAGUCACCAAAAUUGACAAGUACUGAAAAUCUUAGAUUUGUAGAAGGAUAUGGUUCAUCAGAUGAUUUUGUCAAAAUUGAUAUUGUUGAAGAUAAUCAAGUUGUUACUGUUCCACAAUCUAGUCAGAAUGAACAUCAAAAAAUUGAAGAAGCAGCCAAUCUUCAGUCAGAUGUUACUCAAGUACCAACACUAACCCAAGAACAGCUACUAGUCGAAUCUGAGGUCGCAGCCAAACCUUUAGAAGAGACUGAGAAAGACACUAAAACUCCAUUCCAACAAACAGUAGAGAUUCAAGAAUCACAACCUGAAAUCGCAGCCCCAAUUCAGGAUGUCGUUCAAAAUUUCAAAACUGUAGAAGAAAAGAUUACUCAAGAGAAUCAAUCUGAAGACGCAGCCAAACUUCAGUUAGAUAUUCAAGAGGAAUCCGCUGUUAUAAAUGAACCACAACAAGUUGAACCUGAGCUCGCAGCCAAAUCUCAGGAAGAAAUUAAAGAAAUCGCAGCCGAACUUCAAGUACCACAUCCUGAAAAUGCAGCCAGUAUUCAGAAUGUUGUUGAACCAAAAAUCGUAGAUGAACAGAAGAUUUCUCAAGAAGUUAACGUUGAAGACGCAGCCAAUCUUCAGCCAGACUUUGAAGAAAUCACAAAACCUGUUGAACAAGAACCACAACAAAUUCAACCUGACAUCGCAGCCAACGUUCAGGAAGAUAAUGAAAUUGGAACUCCCAUUGCGCCAGAAAUUGAGAAAAUCGAUGAAGAAAUCAGAGAAAAAAAUCAAACUGAAGAUGCAGCCACUCUUCAAGAUAUCAUCUCUCAAAAAGAUGAUCAAGUUCAAAUAGUUCAGCAACAAGGUCACAUUUCUCCAGAUGUUCAAGAAACUACUGAGAAAACUGAGAGUAUGGACAAAACACCUGAACAACCAAUUCAGGAAAAUUUAGAAAACAUUGUGAAACGAGACGUUGAAUUACCGAAGAUACCAAGUGUGGAAGUUACAAAAGUUGAUUCGUCAUUAGAAAUCGCAGCGUCUGAAAUGGCAGAUCAGCUAAUCAAAGAAGCUAUCGAAGAAAUCACAAAACCAGAAAAUAAUGUGACAGUUGAUCUUCUUUUCAGAAGACCAUCAGAAGACAUUGUUUCUGAUGUGAUUGUUGCAGAAGAAGGAUAUGAUGAAGAUGGUAAGAUAUUAUAAGUACACAAAAAAACAAUACAAUUUUUAUUCAGAUUGCUCCACCCUUGCUGACACAUUGACUUCUUUAUCUUCGAGUCCAUUAAAUAUUCAACCAAGUUUCACUCAAAAUCUACCGACAUCUAUAACUUUUAUCAAUGAUAAACUGACUCUGGAAACUCAGUUUAUAGGUGUGCCGCAACCACGUAUCAAAUGGCUAUUAGAUGACCACGAAUUAACAACAGACAAGUAAGUUUUUUAAACGUAGUACAUAUUAAGAAUACCUUCGAUUUUCAGUGACAAAAUUUUUAUAAAAUGCGACAACGGAAUAAGUACCAUUCGAAUUUCCAACGUUGGUGGAAACACUGGCGGACUUCUCAAAUGUCAAGCGUCAAAUGUGGCAGGCACUGCCGAAACAUCGUGUCAAAUUUAUCCAACAGAUGACACAUCGAGUAUGAGCGAAGCAUCAUCGAUGGUAUCGAUGACAAAACCACAAUUCGUUCAAAAACUUCCCGAAAAAGUUCAAUGUGCAACAAAUGACUUCAUGACUAUCAAAUGUAAAUUUAAUGGUCAACCAUUACCUUCUGCGAUGUGGGAGAAAGAUGGAAUUCUACUUGAUUUACAGUAGGUUUUUUGUAGAAAAAAAUUUUGCCAACCUGAAGACGGUAAAAAUGCAGAACCUGAUCAUGUCCUCCAACCCCCAAUAUUGACAAGGCCCACCAAAAAAAUGGGAGCGGGAGUUCAUAUUAGCCGUCUUAUUCGCUCCAUUUAGGCACGGUCUUUUAAAAGACCGGCUCGAACUUCAUGAAAAUCCUUCAGAACGACAGGUCUGUUCUGUUCAAUUCACCCUUUAACGAAAAUUGAACAGAAUUCUCAAAUUUUAUCGAAAAAUACAGGAAUGACUAUUUUCACAAAAAUAUAAAUACUUACAAUAUGUCAUCAUCAUUCCAUUAUCGCAAAUCCAUCAAUUGUCCAUUUCCAUUCAUCUGAAACAAAAAAAAAUCAUAUAGAACAUGUUUUUUUUCGAAAAAACAGUAAAAAAUGUUUUGCGAAAAAAAGAAAAAAAAAUAAAAGUUUGUCCGAGAGAAAUAAAAAAUGUGUUUGGUUUCCUAGUCCACGGCCACACAUUUGUCAGCACACUGUGCCCUGAGCGCAACAAUGGCCGAGUUUCCGAUUAGUUCGGCCAGAACAAAAAAUUUCGGCCAUCGUUUUUUUUCUGGGGAAAAAACUUCUGAAACCAAAUCUGGAUUUUCUCAUCGAAUUAUUUCCAAAAAGCUGAAGUUUUAUACAUCAUUUGAAAGAGGAAGACCUAUAUUACAUUGUUGUUAAAACACAAUUUCAAACAAUGUUCAUUUAAACUCAUGGUUUUCUGCCAAAACUUGCCCAUGUAUGAAACUUUGAGAGCGAUAAUUUCAUGAAGUAGCUAUCAUUGUUAAGACUUUGAUAUUGGAAUCUAACCAGCUUAACCUUCUCUACAAGAUCUGUUAUGAACAUUUUGGAAAAAUUCAUUUUUGGAUGAAAAAAAUUGAAAAAUAGAAAUUCACUUUUUUCAAACCCGUGUUUGAAAGCCGUUUCCAGAAUUUUUUUUGGGUGAAUUUCAUAUCUCUGCGUUCUACUACUCUUCCUCUUUCUGAUCAUCAUCUUACUUCUUCGAAAUUCCGAGUUUCAAGCUUUUAAAUUGCGGUUUUUAUUCAAAAGUCAGUUUUCAGCGAGAGUGUGUGGGGUUGUGAAGAGACGCGAGAGAAAAAGAGACACACGAGAGAGUAUGAGAAAAGGGUAGAGGCAAAACAUUUUCUCUGCUGUCGCGUUCCGGGCACAGUGUCAGCACUUUUCAAUUUUAUUCAAACUGUUUGUGUUUUCACGUAUUUUUCAAGCGAAAACACGGUUAAUAAUACAUUUUCAAAUCGAUCGAAAAAAAAGUCGCAUUUUUCCCAAAGUAUUUUCAAGAUUUUUUGAUUUUUUCGAAAAAGUCGCAUUUUUUUGUGUCGAUUCGAGAAAGUCUCAGAAUAUCUUGGGAAAAAUAAAACAACAGAAGCAUAAAUCGGAUUGGUGGGAAAGUGAACGGGAAAAAAGGGACCAAAUGUCCCAAUUCUUGUGAAAUCAACAAAUCAAAAGAAAAAGUGGACAGAAUUUAAAAAAAUGUAUAAUUUUUUUGAAAAACUAGUAUUCUCCAAGGGAAAAGUGACAUUGGAGAGAUUCUCAGGGUUCCCAUAUGUUAUAAGUUAACAUAUCCAUUUCUAAAAUCUGAGGGGGGGGGGGUUCCCAAUUUUUAAAAAUCCCCAGAAAUUUCUUCGCGAAAACACACACACACACACGGGAAACUAGCGACAAAAGACCAUAAAUUAUAUUUUGGUUAUUUCUAUAGUGGAAAAUGAAAUUACGUGUCACGUCACGUCAAAAUAAUACUAUUCGUUCUCUAGAAUUUCUCGUGAAUCUAAUUGUAAACAAAUGUUGGGGAUCGAAAUGAGUUUGCCAAGUGGGGGCCUGAAAUGCAUUGAGUGGGGGCUAUUCUUGGUUUAUCCCCUAAAGACAAGCUUAAAAUUGAUAAUUUUUCAGAAAGUAUUCUGUCACAACUGAAGAUGGUAUUAGUAUAUUGAAAAUUGAGAAAGCAACAUUAGAUGACAAUGCAGUUUUCACUUGUAGUAUUGCGAAUCAAUCAGGCUGUGAUUCAACAUCUUGUCAUAUUCAAGUUGUUGACGAUAAAUUAUUAAUGGAAAAUACAGGAAUUCAUGUUAUCUGUGAUCGGGAUCAAAAUGACGUUGCUUUGGAUGUGAUGGUUCAAUCACCAAAUCAUCUGGGUGUUUCAUUCAAUUUCCCACCAGUCAAUCGAUCACUCGCAAAACAACCACCAUAUUUCCUAUUACCAUUAAACAACAAAAACUUCAGCGAUGAUAAGUGCACUUUGAAAUGCGUUGUAAUGGGUAUCCCAUUGGUUAUUGUUAAAUGGAUUGUUGAUGGUGAUAUUGUUCAGGAGAAUGAGUGAGUUUGAGUCUGGAUAUUAUGAAAACUGUAUUAUUUUCCAGGAAUACUGAAAUAUAUUUCGAAGAUGGUAUUGCGCUUCUUAGAUUGAAAAACAUUACCAAUUCAGUGCUCAAUGUUCAAUGUGAAGCAAUAAAUUGCAAAGGAAAAGCUGUUACAAGUUGUGUGAUUCGAAAAGAAGACGAAUUCAGUGAAAUUACUGAACAAACUGAUCAAUCUCCAUUCUUUGUUGUUCCACUGAAAGACACAUUCACAACUUCUGACCAUAUAACAAUAAAAUGUAUUGUAGCCGGAGAUCCGCUACCAGAUGUUGUGUGUACCGUUGAUGGGAAUGAUCAGAGGUUGAUAAAAAAGAGUGCAAAUAAAAAAAUAUGGUUUUUUUUUUCAGUAUUCAAUUUGAAGAUGGUGUGAUUCUGAUUAAUGUUUGCAAUGUGGAUGAAGAUGGCUCUUUGGUAAAGUGCACUCUAAGAAACACUGCUGGAAGUGUAGAUUGUGAAUGUAUUGUGAAAAGAGUGAAAUCAGAUCAAACAACCGAGCAGAAGCCUGUCUUUGUCUAUAACACAUCGAACACAAACGAUGGAACUGUAUCUCUGAAAGUUGGUGUUGUUGCAUCUCCAGAACCAACAUUAUCAUGGACACACAAUGGAUUGCCAGUUGAAAACGACAGUGACUAUACAACAAUUUUUGAAGAUGGAAUAGGAAUUUUGAAAACAUCUCAUUUGAAAGAGGGUGUGAAUGUAUUCUGUGCAAAUGCUAACAAUAAAUGUGGGAGUACGUCCAUCAAAAUGGUAAUAAAUGGAGAACAGUCGGAUGGUCCUAUUGGAUUAAAGUUCGUAAAAUCUUUGAAUGUAAGUGUCUUAAAAUACCCGGAAAAUCACUUUUUGUAAACUAUAUAGACCAGAAUUAUGUACCGCCAAAAAGGGAUUGUGAAACAAAAUGUUUCUUGGAUUCCUGUUUUUUGGCAGUACAUAAUUCAAAAACCAAAAAAAUAGCAAUAUCUAAAAUGACAUCAGACAAUUGAAUACGAAAAGUGUUUACUCCACAUUCGAAUUUCUUCAAAACUUUUUUUUUCCAGUAAAUAUUGAAUAACUUCAUUUAUGAACUCAAAUAUAAAUUAAACUACUACGAAAUAAACUUAAAUAUUACAGGACACAUCAGUUGUUGAGGAAGUUGCACAAUUGAGAGUAGUUUGUGAAGGUGAAACACCGAUCGAAUUUGAAUGGUUUGAGGAUGAUGACACCAUUUCAAACGAUCGAUUCCACAAAAUAACCAAUCAAGAAAAUGUCUCGAUUCUGCAAAUUAUACUACGAGAUGCAGCAUGUCCAAAAAAGUAUACAUGUAUUGCAAAAAAUGAAAAGAGCCAUUGUUCAACCGAGUGUAUUGUAACAAAAUCUGAAGAGAUAUUAUCGGAAAUUGUGAUAGCCGAUCAGAAUAGAACAUUCUGUGCGAUUGGGAAAAAAUAUGAAGAUAGCGAUCCAGCUGUGAGAGCGGUUGUUAUAUCCAGAGAUGGUAUUCAAACUAAAUGCACUGUGGAUGAUAAGAAUAUGUAAGUUCCCCAGUUAAAUCACUAUUAAAAUAUGUAAUAAAUUUAGUGAACACGAGAACGAUAAUUCAAUUUCGAUAAAGCUUAAGGAUAUUGGAAGAGAUGCUAAACUUAUGAAAUUCGAAAUUCUCGACAAAAGUGGUAAUAUUGCGGAUAGUAAAGAAAUAUCAAUAAGCAAAACAUGUAGCGAUAACGAUGAAGAAGAAAACUUAGAUUUUAACUACUCUUUGAGAAUAGACAAACAAUCAGCUGAUGUUCUUUGCAUAUUGCUAUCAACAUCAUCUGGAACCGAACAAGAAUCACUUAAAACUUCUGAAAUACCAGUUUCGACAGAUAAAGGCCAACAAUUUGUGAAAUCAGAAAAACCAACGAUUGAGCAACUACCAGUUCAGCCUGAAACCGUUCAAGAAUCUGUGAAACCAGAGGAGCCCAAGAUCGAACAACUACCAGUUCAGCCUGAAACUGUUCAAGAAUCUGUGAAACCAGAGGAGCCCAAGAUCGAACAACUACCAGUUCAGCCUGAAACUGUUCAAGAAUCUGUGAAACCAGAGGAGCCCAAGAUCGAACAACUACCAGUUCAGCCUGAAACCGUUCAAGAAUCUGUGAAACCAGAGGAGCCCAAGAUCGAACAACUACCAGUUCAGCCUGAAACUGUUCAAGAAUCUGUGAAACCAGAGGAGCCCAAGAUCGAACAACUACCAGUUCAGCCUGAAACCGUUCAAGAAUCUGUGAAACCAGAGGAGCCCAAGAUCGAACAACUACCAGUUCAGCCUGAAACUGUUCAAGAAACUGUGAAACCAGAGGAGCCAAAGAUCGAACAACUACCAGUUCAGCCUGAAACCGUUCAAGAAUCUGUGAAACCAGAGGAGCCAAAGAUCGAACAACUACCAGUUCAGCCUGAAACCGUUCAAGAAUCUGUGAAACCAGAGGAGCCCAAGAUUGAACAACUACCAGUUCAGCCUGAAACCGUUCAAGAAUCUGUGAAACCAGAGGAGCCAAAGAUCGAACAACUACCAGUUCAGCCUGAAACCGUUCAAGAAUCUGUGAAACCAGAGGAGCCCAAGAUCGAACAACUACCAGUUCAGCCUGAAACUGUUCAAGAAUCUGUGAAACCAGAGGAGCCAAACUUGAAGGAAAAUGAAGAACAAAGAGAAAUUUCAAUUAUCAAAAACGAGGCAGAAGUUUCACUUGUUUUUAAUAAUCCUGGAGUAUUCAAUCAUCUUGAAAUCGAUUUAUUGAUGGAAGAUUCAACAGCAAUUGAAAGCUUCAUCAGAACGACAAAAUCCAAAACAACAAUAGAAGAGGUCAAAGAAAAAGAAGAACCCAAGAUCGAACAACUACCAGUUCAGCCUGAAACUGUUCAAGAAUCUGUGAAACCAGAGGAGCCCAAGAUUGAACAACUACUAGUUCAGCCUGAAACCGUUCAAGAAUCUGUGAAACCAGAGGAGCCCAAGAUCGAACAACUACCAGUUCAGCCUGAAACUGUUCAAGAAUCUGUUAAACCAGAGGAGCCCAAGAUUGAACAACUACCAGUUCAGCCUGAAACUGUUCAAGAAUCUGUGAAACCAGAGGAGCCCAAGAUCGAACAACUACCAGUUCAGCCUGAAACCGUUCAAGAAUCUGUGAAACCAGAGGAGCCCAAGAUCGACCAACUACCAGUUCAGCCUGAAACUGUUCAAGAAUCUGUGAAACCAGAGGAGCCCAAGAUCGAACAACUACCAGUUCAGCCUGAAACUGUUCAAGAAUCUGUUAAACCAGAGGAGCCCAAGAUCGACCAACUACCAGUUCAGCCUGAAACUGUUCAAGAAUCUGUGAAACCAGAGGAGCCCAAGAUCGAACAACUACCAGUUCAGCCUGAAACUGUUCAAGAAUCUGUUAAACCAGAGGAGCCCAAGAUCGACCAACUACCAGUUCAGCCUGAAACUGUUCAAGAAUCUGUGAAACCAGAGGAGCCCAAGAUUGAACAACUACUAGUUCAGCCUGAAACCGUUCAAGAAUCUGUGAAACCAGAGGAGCCCAAGAUCGAACAACUACCAGUUCAGCCUGAAACUGUUCAAGAAUCUGUUAAACCAGAGGAGCCCAAGAUCGACCAACUACCAGUUCAGCCUGAAACUGUUCAAGAAUCUGUGAAACCAGAGGAGCCCAAGAUCGAACAACUACCAGUUCAGCCUGAAACCGUUCAAGAAUCUGUGAAACCAGAGGAGCCCAAGAUCGACCAACUACCAGUUCAGCCUGAAACUGUUCAAGAAUCUGUGAAACCAGAGGAGCCCAAGAUUGAACAACUACCAGUUCAGCCUGAAACUGUUCAAGAAUCUGUGAAACCAGAGGAGCCCAAGAUUGAACAACUACCAGUUCAGCCUGAAACCGUUCAAGAAUCUGUGAAACCAGAGGAGCCCAAGAUCGACCAACUACCAGUUCAGCCUGAAACUGUUCAAGAAUCUGUGAAACCAGAGGAGCCCAAGAUUGAACAACUACCAGUUCAGCCUGAAACCGUUCAAGAAUCUGUGAAACCAGAGGAGCCCAAGAUUGAACAACUACCAGUUCAGCCUGGAAACGUUCAAGAAUCUGUGAAACCAGAGGAGCCCAAGAUCGACCAACUACCAGUUCAGCCUGAAACUGUUCAAGAAUCUGUGAAACCAGAGGAGCCCAAGAUCGAACAACUACCAGUUCAGCCUGAAACUGUUCAAGAAUCUGUGAAACCAGAGGAGCCCAAGAUUGAACAACUACCAGUUCAGCCUGGAAACGUUCAAGAAUCUGUGAAACCAGAGGAGCCCAAGAUUGAACAACUACCAGUUCAGCCUGAAACUGUUCAAGAAUCUGUGAAACCAGAGGAGCCCAAGAUCGAACAACUACCAGUUCAGCCUGAAACUGUUCAAGAAUCUGUGAAACCAGAGGAGCCCAAGAUCGAACAACUACCAGUUCAGCCUGAAACUGUUCAAGAAUCUGUGAAACCAGAGGAGCCCAAGAUUGAACAACUACCAGUUCAGCCUGAAACUGUUCAAGAAUCUGUGAAACCAGAGGAGCCCAAGAUCGAACAACUACCAGUUCAGCCUGAAACUGUUCAAGAAUCUGUGAAACCAGAGGAGCCCAAGAUUGAACAACUACCAGUUCAGCCUGAAACCGUUCAAGAAUCUGUGAAACCAGAGGAGCCCAAGAUCGACCAACUACCAGUUCAGCCUGAAACUGUUCAAGAAUCUGUGAAACCAAAGGAGCCCAAGAUCGAACAACUACCAGUUCAGCCUGAAACCGUUCAAGAAUCUGUGAAACCAGAGGAGCCCAAGAUCGAACAACUACCAGUUCAGCCUGAAACUGUUCAAGAAUCUGUGAAACCAGAGGAGCCCAAGAUCGAACAACUACCAGUUCAGCCUGAAACCGUUCAAGAAUCUGUGAAACCAGAGGAGCCCAAGAUCGACCAACUACCAGUUCAGCCUGAAACUGUUCAAGAAUCUGUGAAACCAGAGGAGCCCAAGAUUGAACAACUACCAGUUCAGCCUGAAACUGUUCAAGAAUCUGUGAAACCAGAGGAGCCCAAGAUCGAACAACUACCAGUUCAGCCUGAAACCGUUCAAGAAUCUGUGAAACCAGAGGAGCCCAAGAUCGAACGACUACCAGUUCAGCCUGAAACUGUUCAAGAAUCUGUGAAACCAGAGGAGCCCAAGAUCGAACAACUACCAGUUCAGCCUGAAACCGUUCAAGAAUCUGUGAAACCAGAGGAGCCCAAGAUUGAACAACUACCAGUUCAGCCUGAAACUGUUCAAGAAUCUGUGAAACCAGAGGAGCCCAAGAUCGAACAACUACCAGUUCAGCCUGAAACCGUUCAAGAAUCUGUGAAACCAGAGGAGCCCAAGAUCGAACGACUACCAGUUCAGCCUGAAACUGUUCAAGAAUCUGUGAAACCAGAGGAGCCCAAGAUCGAACAACUACCAGUUCAGCCUGAAACCGUUCAAGAAUCUGUGAAACCAGAGGAGCCCAAGAUCGAACAACUACCAGUUCAGCCUGAAACCGUUCAAGAAUCUGUGAAACCAGAGGAGCCCAAGAUCGAACAACUACCAGUUCAGCCUGAAACCGUUCAAGAAUCUGUGAAACCAGAGGAGCCCAAGAUCGAACAACUACCAGUUCAGCCUGAAACUGUUCAAGAAUCUGUGAAACCAGAGGAGCCCAAGAUCGAACAACUACCAGUUCAGCCUGAAACCGUUCAAGAAUCUGUGAAACCAGAGGAGCCCAAGAUCGACCAACUACCAGUUCAGCCUGAAACCGUUCAAGAAUCUGUGAAACCAGAGGAGCCCAAGAUCGACCAACUACCAGUUCAGCCUGAAACUGUUCAAGAAUCUGUGAAACCAGAGGAGCCCAAGAUCGAACAACUACCAGUUCAGCCUGAAACUGUUCAAGAAUCUGUGAAACCAGAGGAGCCCAAGAUUGAACAACUACCAGUUCAGCCUGAAACUGUUCAAGAAUCUGUGAAACCAGAGGAGCCCAAGAUUGAACAACUACCAGUUCAGCCUGAAACCGUUCAACAAUCUGUGAAACCAGAGGAGCCCAAGAUCGAACAACUACCAGUUCAGCCUGAAACCGUUCAACAAUCUGUGAAACCAGAGGAGCCCAAGAUCGAACAACUACCAGUUCAGCCUGAAACUGUUCAACAAUCUGUGAAACCAGAGGAGCCCAAGAUCGAACAACUACCAGUUCAGCCUGAAACCGUUCAACAAUCUGUGAAACCAGAGGAGCCCAAGAUCGAACAACUACCAGUUCAGCCUGAAACUGUUCAAGAAUCUGUGAAACCAGAGGAGCCCAAGAUUGAACAACUACCAGUUCAGCCUGAAACUGUUCAAGAAUCUGUGAAACCAGAGGAGCCCAAGAUUGAACAACUACCAGUUCAGCCUGAAACUGUUCAAGAAUCUGUGAAACCAGAGGAGCCCAAGAUCGAACAACUACCAGUUCAGCCUGAAACCGUUCAACAAUCUGUGAAACCAGAGGAGCCCAAGAUCGAACAACUACCAGUUCAGCCUGAAACUGUUCAAGAAUCUGUGAAACCAGAGGAGCCCAAGAUUGAACAACUACCAGUUCAGCCUGAAACCGUUCAAGAAUCUGUGAAACCAGAGGAGCCAAAGUUGAAGGAAAAUGAAGAACAAAGAGAAAUUUCAAUUAUCAAAAACGAGGCAGAAGUUUCACUUGUUUUUAAUAAUCCUGGAGUAUUCAAUCAUCUUGAAAUCGAUUUAUUGAUGGAAGAUUCAACAGCAAUUGAAAGCUUCAUCAGAACGACAAAAUCCAAAACAACAAUAGAAGAGGUCAAAGAAAAAGAAGAACCCAAGAUCGAACAACUACCAGUUCAGCCUGAAACCGUUCAAGAAUCUGUGAAACCAGAGGAGCCCAAGAUUGAACAACUACCAGUUCAGCCUGAAACCGUUCAAGAAUCUGUGAAACCAGAGGAGUCCAAGAUCGAACAACUACCAGUUCAGCCUGAAACUGUUCAAGAAUCUGUGAAACCAGAGGAGCCCAAGAUUGAACAACUACCAGUUCAGCCUGAAACCGUUCAAGAAUCUGUGAAACCAGAGGAGCCAAAGUUGAAGGAAAAUGAAGAACAAAGAGAAAUUUCAAUUAUCAAAAACGAGGCAGAAGUUUCACUUGUUUUUAAUAAUCCUGGAGUAUUCAAUCAUCUUGAAAUCGAUUUAUUGAUGGAAGAUUCAACAGCAAUUGAAAGCUUCAUCAGAACGACAAAAUCCAAAACAACAAUAGAAGAGGUCAAAGAAAAAGAAGAACCCAAGAUCGAACAACUACCAGUUCAGCCUGAAACCGUUCAAGAAUCUGUGAAACCAGAGGAGCCCAAGAUUGAACAACUACCAGUUCAGCCUGAAACCGUUCAAGAAUCUGUGAAACCAGAGGAGUCCAAGAUCGAACAACUACCAGUUCAGCCUGAAACUGUUCAAGAAUCUGUGAAACCAGAGGAGCCCAAGAUUGAACAACUACCAGUUCAGCCUGAAACCGUUCAAGAAUCUGUGAAACCAGAGGAGUCCAAGAUCGAACAACUACCAGUUCAGCCUGAAACUGUUCAAGAAUCUGUGAAACCAGAGGAGCCCAAGAUCGAACAACUACCAGUUCAGCCUGAAACCGUUCAAGAAUCUGUGAAACCAGAGGAGCCCAAGAUUGAACAACUACCAGUUCAGCCUGAAACCGUUCAAGAAUCUGUGAAACCAGAGGAGCCCAAGAUCGAACAACUACCAGUUCAGCCUGAAACUGUUCAAGAAUCUGUGAAACCAGAGGAGCCCAAGAUCGAACAACUACCAGUUCAGCCUGAAACCGUUCAAGAAUCUGUGAAACCAGAGGAGCCCAAGAUUGAACAACUACCAGUUCAGCCUGAAACCGUUCAAGAAUCUGUGAAACCAGAGGAGCCCAAGAUCGACCAACUACCAGUUCAGCCUGAAACUGUUCAAGAAACUGUGAAACCAGAGGAGCCCAAGAUCGAACAACUACCAGUUCAGCCUGAAACCGUUCAAGAAUCUGUGAAACCAGAGGAGCCAAAGUUGAAGGAAAAUGAAGAACAAAGAGAAAUUUCAAUUAUCAAAAACGAGGCAGAAGUUUCACUUGUUUUUAAUAAUCCUGGAGUAUUCAAUCAUCUUGAAAUCGAUUUAUUGAUGGAAGAUUCAACAGCAAUUGAAAGCUUCAUCAGAACGACAAAAUCCAAAACAACAAUAGAAGAGGUCAAAGAAAAAGAAGAACCCAAGAUCGAACAACUACCAGUUCAGCCUGAAACUGUUCAAGAAUCUGUGAAACCAGAGGAGCCAAAGUUGAAGGAAAAUGAAGAACAAAGAGAAAUUUCAAUUAUCAAAAACGAGGCAGAAGUUUCACUUGUUUUUAAUAAUCCUGGAGUAUUCAAUCAUCUUGAAAUCGAUUUAUUGAUGGAAGAUUCAACAGCAAUUGAAAGCUUCAUCAGAACGACAAAAUCCAAAACAACAAUAGAAGAGGUCAAAGAAAAAGAAGAACCCAAGAUCGAACAACUACCAGUUCAGCCUGAAACCGUUCAAGAAUCUGUGAAACCAGAGGAGCCCAAGAUUGAACAACUACCAGUUCAGCCUGAAACCGUUCAAGAAUCUGUGAAACCAGAGGAGUCCAAGAUCGAACAACUACCAGUUCAGCCUGAAACUGUUCAAGAAUCUGUGAAACCAGAGGAGCCCAAGAUUGAACAACUACCAGUUCAGCCUGAAACCGUUCAAGAAUCUGUGAAACCAGAGGAGCCAAAGUUGAAGGAAAAUGAAGAACAAAGAGAAAUUUCAAUUAUCAAAAACGAGGCAGAAGUUUCACUUGUUUUUAAUAAUCCUGGAGUAUUCAAUCAUCUUGAAAUCGAUUUAUUGAUGGAAGAUUCAACAGCAAUUGAAAGCUUCAUCAGAACGACAAAAUCCAAAACAACAAUAGAAGAGGUCAAAGAAAAAGAAGAACCCAAGAUCGAACAACUACCAGUUCAGCCUGAAACCGUUCAAGAAUCUGUGAAACCAGAGGAGCCCAAGAUUGAACAACUACCAGUUCAGCCUGAAACCGUUCAAGAAUCUGUGAAACCAGAGGAGUCCAAGAUCGAACAACUACCAGUUCAGCCUGAAACCGUUCAAGAAUCUGUGAAACCAGAGGAGCCCAAGAUCGAACAACUACCAGUUCAGCCUGAAACUGUUCAAGAAUCUGUGAAACCAGAGGAGCCCAAGAUCGACCAACUACCAGUUCAGCCUGAAACCGUUCAAGAAUCUGUGAAACCAGAGGAGCCCAAGAUUGAACAACUACCAGUUCAGCCUGAAACCGUUCAAGAAUCUGUGAAACCAGAGGAGCCCAAGAUCGACCAACUACCAGUUCAGCCUGAAACCGUUCAAGAAUCUGUGAAACCAGAGGAGUCCAAGAUCGAACAACUACCAGUUCAGCCUGAAACUGUUCAAGAAUCUGUGAAACCAGAGGAGCCCAAGAUCGAACAACUACCAGUUCAGCCUGAAACUGUUCAAGAAUCUGUGAAACCAGAGGAGCCAAAGUUGAAGGAAAAUGAAGAACAAAGAGAAAUUUCAAUUAUCAAAAACGAGGCAGAAGUUUCACUUGUUUUUAAUAAUCCUGGAGUAUUCAAUCAUCUUGAAAUCGAUUUAUUGAUGGAAGAUUCAACAGCAAUUGAAAGCUUCAUCAGAACGACAAAAUCCAAAACAACAAUAGAAGAGGUCAAAGAAAAAGAAGAACCCAAGAUCGAACAACUACCAGUUCAGCCUGAAACCGUUCAAGAAUCUGUGAAACCAGAGGAGCCCAAGAUCGAACAACUACCAGUUCAGCCUGAAACUGUUCAAGAAUCUGUGAAACCAGAGGAGCCCAAGAUUGAACAACUACCAGUUCAGCCUGAAACUGUUCAAGAAUCUGUGAAACCAGAGGAGCCCAAGAUCGAACAACUACCAGUUCAGCCUGAAACUGUUCAAGAAUCUGUGAAACCAGAGGAGCCCAAGAUUGAACAACUACCAGUUCAGCCUGAAACUGUUCAAGAAUCUGUGAAACCAGAGGAGCCCAAGAUUGAACAACUACCAGUUCAGCCUGAAACUGUUCAAGAAUCUGUGAAACCAGAGGAGCCCAAGAUCGAACAACUACCAGUUCAGCCUGAAACUGUUCAAGAAUCUGUGAAACCAGAGGAGCCCAAGAUCGAACAACUACCAGUUCAGCCUGAAACUGUUCAAGAAUCUGUGAAACCAGAGGAGCCCAAGAUCGAACAACUACCAGUUCAGCCUGAAACUGUUCAAGAAUCUGUGAAACCAGAGGAGCCCAAGAUCGAACAACUACCAGUUCAGCCUGAAACUGUUCAAGAAUCUGUGAAACCAGAGGAGCCCAAGAUCGAACAACUACCAGUUCAGCCUGAAACCGUUCAAGAAUCUGUGAAACCAGAGGAGCCCAAGAUUGAACAACUACCAGUUCAGCCUGAAACUGUUCAAGAAUCUGUGAAACCAGAGGAGCCCAAGAUCGAACAACUACCAGUUCAGCCUGAAACUGUUCAAGAAUCUGUGAAACCAGAGGAGCCCAAGAUUGAACAACUACCAGUUCAGCCUGAAACUGUUCAAGAAUCUGUGAAACCAGAGGAGCCCAAGAUUGAACAACUACCAGUUCAGCCUGAAACUGUUCAAGAAUCUGUGAAACCAGAGGAGCCCAAGAUCGAACAACUACCAGUUCAGCCUGAAACUGUUCAAGAAUCUGUGAAACCAGAGGAGCCCAAGAUCGAACAACUACCAGUUCAGCCUGAAACUGUUCAAGAAUCUGUGAAACCAGAGGAGCCCAAGAUCGAACAACUACCAGUUCAGCCUGAAACUGUUCAAGAAUCUGUGAAACCAGAGGAGCCCAAGAUCGAACAACUACCAGUUCAGCCUGAAACUGUUCAAGAAUCUGUGAAACCAGAGGAGCCCAAGAUCGAACAACUACCAGUUCAGCCUGAAACCGUUCAAGAAUCUGUGAAACCAGAGGAGCCCAAGAUUGAACAACUACCAGUUCAGCCUGAAACUGUUCAAGAAUCUGUGAAACCAGAGGAGCCCAAGAUUGAACAACUACCAGUUCAGCCUGAAACUGUUCAAGAAUCUGUGAAACCAGAGGAGCCCAAGAUCGAACAACUACCAGUUCAGCCUGAAACUGUUCAAGAAUCUGUGAAACCAGAGGAGCCCAAGAUCGAACAACUACCAGUUCAGCCUGAAACUGUUCAAGAAUCUGUGAAACCAGAGGAGCCCAAGAUCGAACAACUACCAGUUCAGCCUGAAACUGUUCAAGAAUCUGUGAAACCAGAGGAGCCCAAGAUCGAACAACUACCAGUUCAGCCUGAAACUGUUCAAGAAUCUGUGAAACCAGAGGAGCCCAAGAUCGAACAACUACCAGUUCAGCCUGAAACCGUUCAAGAAUCUGUGAAACCAGAGGAGCCCAAGAUUGAACAACUACCAGUUCAGCCUGAAACCGUUCAAGAAUCUGUGAAACCAGAGGAGCCCAAGAUCGACCAACUACCAGUUCAGCCUGAAACUGUUCAAGAAACUGUGAAACCAGAGGAGCCCAAGAUCGAACAACUACCAGUUCAGCCUGAAACCGUUCAAGAAUCUGUGAAACCAGAGGAGCCAAAGUUGAAGGAAAAUGAAGAACAAAGAGAAAUGUUCAAUCUAUCAAAAACGAGGCAGAAGUUUCACUUGUUUUUAAUAAUCCUGGAGUAUUCAAUCAUCUUGAAAUCGAUUUAUUGAUGGAAGAUUCAACAGCAAUUGAAAGCUUCAUCAGAACGACAAAAUCCAAAACAACAAUAGAAGAGGUCAAAGAAAAAGAAGAACCCAAGAUCGAACAACUACCAGUUCAGCCUGAAACUGUUCAAGAAUCUGUGAAACCAGAGGAGCCAAAGUUGAAGGAAAAUGAAGAACAAAGAGAAAUUUCAAUUAUCAAAAACGAGGCAGAAGUUUCACUUGUUUUUAAUAAUCCUGGAGUAUUCAAUCAUCUUGAAAUCGAUUUAUUGAUGGAAGAUUCAACAGCAAUUGAAAGCUUCAUCAGAACGACAAAAUCCAAAACAACAAUAGAAGAGGUCAAAGAAAAAGAAGAACCCAAGAUCGAACAACUACCAGUUCAGCCUGAAACCGUUCAAGAAUCUGUGAAACCAGAGGAGCCCAAGAUUGAACAACUACCAGUUCAGCCUGAAACCGUUCAAGAAUCUGUGAAACCAGAGGAGUCCAAGAUCGAACAACUACCAGUUCAGCCUGAAACUGUUCAAGAAUCUGUGAAACCAGAGGAGCCCAAGAUUGAACAACUACCAGUUCAGCCUGAAACCGUUCAAGAAUCUGUGAAACCAGAGGAGCCAAAGUUGAAGGAAAAUGAAGAACAAAGAGAAAUUUCAAUUAUCAAAAACGAGGCAGAAGUUUCACUUGUUUUUAAUAAUCCUGGAGUAUUCAAUCAUCUUGAAAUCGAUUUAUUGAUGGAAGAUUCAACAGCAAUUGAAAGCUUCAUCAGAACGACAAAAUCCAAAACAACAAUAGAAGAGGUCAAAGAAAAAGAAGAACCCAAGAUCGAACAACUACCAGUUCAGCCUGAAACCGUUCAAGAAUCUGUGAAACCAGAGGAGCCCAAGAUUGAACAACUACCAGUUCAGCCUGAAACUGUUCAAGAAUCUGUGAAACCAGAGGAGUCCAAGAUCGAACAACUACCAGUUCAGCCUGAAACCGUUCAAGAAUCUGUGAAACCAGAGGAGCCCAAGAUCGAACAACUACCAGUUCAGCCUGAAACUGUUCAAGAAUCUGUGAAACCAGAGGAGCCCAAGAUCGACCAACUACCAGUUCAGCCUGAAACCGUUCAAGAAUCUGUGAAACCAGAGGAGCCCAAGAUUGAACAACUACCAGUUCAGCCUGAAACCGUUCAAGAAUCUGUGAAACCAGAGGAGCCCAAGAUCGACCAACUACCAGUUCAGCCUGAAACCGUUCAAGAAUCUGUGAAACCAGAGGAGUCCAAGAUCGAACAACUACCAGUUCAGCCUGAAACUGUUCAAGAAUCUGUGAAACCAGAGGAGCCCAAGAUCGAACAACUACCAGUUCAGCCUGAAACUGUUCAAGAAUCUGUGAAACCAGAGGAGCCAAAGUUGAAGGAAAAUGAAGAACAAAGAGAAAUUUCAAUUAUCAAAAACGAGGCAGAAGUUUCACUUGUUUUUAAUAAUCCUGGAGUAUUCAAUCAUCUUGAAAUCGAUUUAUUGAUGGAAGAUUCAACAGCAAUUGAAAGCUUCAUCAGAACGACAAAAUCCAAAACAACAAUAGAAGAGGUCAAAGAAAAAGAAGAACCCAAGAUCGAACAACUACCAGUUCAGCCUGAAACCGUUCAAGAAUCUGUGAAACCAGAGGAGCCCAAGAUCGAACAACUACCAGUUCAGCCUGAAACUGUUCAAGAAUCUGUGAAACCAGAGGAGCCCAAGAUUGAACAACUACCAGUUCAGCCUGAAACUGUUCAAGAAUCUGUGAAACCAGAGGAGCCCAAGAUCGAACAACUACCAGUUCAGCCUGAAACUGUUCAAGAAUCUGUGAAACCAGAGGAGCCCAAGAUUGAACAACUACCAGUUCAGCCUGAAACUGUUCAAGAAUCUGUGAAACCAGAGGAGCCCAAGAUUGAACAACUACCAGUUCAGCCUGAAACUGUUCAAGAAUCUGUGAAACCAGAGGAGCCCAAGAUCGAACAACUACCAGUUCAGCCUGAAACUGUUCAAGAAUCUGUGAAACCAGAGGAGCCCAAGAUCGAACAACUACCAGUUCAGCCUGAAACUGUUCAAGAAUCUGUGAAACCAGAGGAGCCCAAGAUCGAACAACUACCAGUUCAGCCUGAAACUGUUCAAGAAUCUGUGAAACCAGAGGAGCCCAAGAUCGAACAACUACCAGUUCAGCCUGAAACUGUUCAAGAAUCUGUGAAACCAGAGGAGCCCAAGAUCGAACAACUACCAGUUCAGCCUGAAACCGUUCAAGAAUCUGUGAAACCAGAGGAGCCCAAGAUUGAACAACUACCAGUUCAGCCUGAAACUGUUCAAGAAUCUGUGAAACCAGAGGAGCCCAAGAUCGAACAACUACCAGUUCAGCCUGAAACUGUUCAAGAAUCUGUGAAACCAGAGGAGCCCAAGAUUGAACAACUACCAGUUCAGCCUGAAACUGUUCAAGAAUCUGUGAAACCAGAGGAGCCCAAGAUUGAACAACUACCAGUUCAGCCUGAAACUGUUCAAGAAUCUGUGAAACCAGAGGAGCCCAAGAUCGAACAACUACCAGUUCAGCCUGAAACUGUUCAAGAAUCUGUGAAACCAGAGGAGCCCAAGAUCGAACAACUACCAGUUCAGCCUGAAACUGUUCAAGAAUCUGUGAAACCAGAGGAGCCCAAGAUCGAACAACUACCAGUUCAGCCUGAAACUGUUCAAGAAUCUGUGAAACCAGAGGAGCCCAAGAUCGAACAACUACCAGUUCAGCCUGAAACUGUUCAAGAAUCUGUGAAACCAGAGGAGCCCAAGAUCGAACAACUACCAGUUCAGCCUGAAACCGUUCAAGAAUCUGUGAAACCAGAGGAGCCCAAGAUUGAACAACUACCAGUUCAGCCUGAAACUGUUCAAGAAUCUGUGAAACCAGAGGAGCCCAAGAUUGAACAACUACCAGUUCAGCCUGAAACUGUUCAAGAAUCUGUGAAACCAGAGGAGCCCAAGAUCGAACAACUACCAGUUCAGCCUGAAACUGUUCAAGAAUCUGUGAAACCAGAGGAGCCCAAGAUCGAACAACCACCAGUUCAGCCUGAAACCGUUCAAGAAUCUGUGAAACCAGAGGAGCCCAAGAUCGAACAACUACCAGUUCAGCCUGAAACUGUUCAAGAAUCUGUGAAACCAGAGGAGCCCAAGAUCGAACAACUACCAGUUCAGCCUGAAACUGUUCAAGAAUCUGUGAAACCAGAGGAGCCCAAGAUCAGAACAACUACCAGUUCAGCCUGAAACUGUUCAAGAAUCUGUGAAACCAGAGGAGCUCAAGAUCGAACAACCACCAGUUCAGCCUGAAACUGUUCAAGAAUCUAUUGAAACCAGAGGAGCCCAAGAUCGAACAACUACCAGUUCAGCCUGAAACUGUUCAAGAAUCUGUGAAACCAGAGGAGCCCAAGAUCGAACAACUACCAGUUCAGCCUGAAACUGUUCAAGAAUCUGUGAAACCAGAGAGGGCCCCAAGAUCGAACAACUACCAGUUCAGCCUGAAACUGUUCAAGAAUCUGUGAAACCAGAGGAGCCCAAGAUCGAACAACUACCAGUUCAGCCUGAAACCGUUCAAGAAUCUGUGAAACCAGAGGAGCCCAAGAUCGAACAACCACCAGUUCAGCCUGAAACUGUUCAAGAAUCUGUGAAACCAGAGGAGCCCAAGAUCGAACAACUACCAGUUCAGCCUGAAACCGUUCAAGAAUCUGUGAAACCAGAGGAGCCCAAGAUCGAACAACCACCAGUUCAGCCUGAAACUAACUCAAGAAUCUGUGAAACCAGAGGAGCCCAAGAUCGAACAACUACCAGUUCAGCCUGAAACCUGUUCAAGAAUCUGUGAAACCAGAGGAGCCCAAGAUCGAACAACUACCAGUUCAGCCUGAAACUGUUCAAGAAUCUGUGAAACCAGAGGAGCCCAAGAUCGAACAACCACCAGUUCAGCCUGAAACCGUUCAAGAAUCUGUGAAACCAGAGGAGCCCAAGAUCGAACAACUACCAGUUCAGCCUGAAACUGUUCAAGAAUCUGUGAAACCAGAGGAGCCCAAGAUCGAACAACCACCAGUUCAGCCUGAAACUGUUCAAGAAUCUGUGAAACCAGAGGAGCCCAAGAUCGAACAACUACCAGUUCAGCCUGAAACCGUUCAAGAAUCUGUGAAACCAGAGGAGCCCAAGAUCGAACAACCACCAGUUCAGCCUGAAACUGUUCAAGAAUCUGUGAAACCAGAGGAGCCCAAGAUCGAACAACUACCAGUUCAGCCUGAAACUGUUCAAGAAUCUGUGAAACCAGAGGAGCCCAAGAUCGAACAACUACCAGUUCAGCCUGAAACUGUUCAAGAAUCUGUGAAACCAGAGGAGCCCAAGAUCGAACAACUACCAGUUCAGCCUGAAACUGUUCAAGAAUCUGUGAAACCAGAGGAGCCCAAGAUCGAACAACUACCAGUUCAGCCUGAAACUGUUCAAGAAUCUGUGAAACCAGAGGAGCCCAAGAUCGAACAACUACCAGUUCAGCCUGAAACUGUUCAAGAAUCUGUGAAACCAGAGGAGCCCAAGAUCGAACAACCACCAGUUCAGCCUGAAACUGUUCAAGAAUCUGUGAAACCAGAGGAGCCCAAGAUCGAACAACUACCAGUUCAGCCUGAAACCGUUCAAGAAUCUGUGCAAACCAGAGGAGCCCAAGAUCGAACAACUACCAGUUCAGCCUGAAACUGUUCAAGAAUCUGUGAAACCAGAGGAGCCCAAGAUCGAACAACUACCAGUUCAGCCUGAAACUGUUCAAGAAUCUGUGAAACCAGAGGAGCCCAAGAUCGAACAACUACCAGUUCAGCCUGAAACCGUUCAAGAAUCUGUGAAACCAGAGGAGCACAAAAUCGAACAACUACCAGUUCAGCCUGAAACUGUUCAAGAAUCUGUGAAACCAGAGGAGCCAAAGUUGGAGAAAAUGAAGAACAAAGAGACAUUUCAAUUAUCAAAAACGAGGCAGAAGUUUCACUUGUUUUAAUAAGAAUCCUGGAGUAUUCAAUCAUCUUGAAAUCGAUUUAUUGAUGGAAGAUUCAACAGCAAUUGAAAGCUUCAUCAGAACGACAAAAUCCAAAACAACAAUAGAAGAGGUCAAAGAAAAAGAAGGACCCAAGAUCGAACAACUACCAGUUCAGCCUGAAACCGUUCAAGAAUCUGUGAAACCAGAGGAGCACAAGAUCGAACAACUACCAGUUCAGCCUGAAACUGUUCAAGAAUCUGUGAAACCAGAGGAGCCCAAAGUUGGAGGAAAAUGGAAGAACAAAAGAAACUGUUCCCAAUUAUCAAAAACGAGGCAGAAGUUUCACUGUGUUUUUCAAUAAUCCUGUGACAAUCAUCGAGGACAAUCGAUUUAUUGAUGGAAGAUUCAACAGCAAUUGAAAGUUUCAUCAGAAUCUGACAAAAUCCAAAACAACAAGAGGUCAAAGAAACCAGAAGGGAGCCCAAGAUCGAACAACUACCAGUUCAGCCUGAAACUGUUCAAGAAUCUGUGAAACCAGAGGAGCCCAAGAUCGAACAACUACCAGUUCAGCCUGAAACUGUUCAAGAAUCUGUGAAACCAGAGGAGCCCAAGAUCGAACAACUACCAGUUCAGCCUGAAACUGUUCAAGAAUCUGUGAAACCAGAGGAGCCCAAGAUCGAACAACUACCAGUUCAGCCUGAAACUGUUCAAGAAUCUGUGAAACCAGAGGAGCCCAAGAUCGAACAACUACCAGUUCAGCCUGAAACUGUUCAAGAAUCUGUGAAAACCAGAGGAGCCCAAGAUCGAACAACCACCAGUUCAGCCUGAAACUGAUUAAGAUCGAACAACUACCAGUUCAGCCUGAAACUGUUCAAGAAUCUGUGAAACCAGAGGAGCCCAAGAUCGAACAACUACCAGUUCAGCCUGAAACUGUUCAAGAAUCUGUGAAACUGAGGAGCCCAAGAGAGAACAACUAACAGUUCAGCUGAAACUGUUCAAGAUGAAACCAGAGGAGCCCAAGAUCGAACCACCAGUUCAGCCUGAAACUGUUCAAGAACUGAAACCAGAGGAGCCCAAGAUCGAACAACUACCAGUUCAGCUCUGAAACUGUUCAAGAAUUGUGAAACCAGAGGAGCCCAAGAUCGAACAACCACCAGUUCAGCCUGAAACUGUUCAAGAAUCUGUGAAACCAGAGGAGCCCAAGAUCGAACAACUACCAGUUCAGCCUGAAACUGUUCAAGAAUCUGUGAAACCAGAGGAGCCCAAGAUCGAACAACUACCAGUUCAGCCUGAAACUGUUCAAGAAUCUGUGAAACCAGAGGAGCCCAAGAUCGAACAACUACCAGUUCAGCCUGAAACCGUUCAAGAAUCUGUGAAACCAGAGGAGCCCAAGAUCGAACAACUACCAGUUCAGCCUGAAACUGUUCAAGAAUCUGUGAAACCAGAGGAGCCCAAGAUCGAACAACUACCAGUUCAGCCUGAAACUGUUCAAGAAUCUGUGAAACCAGAGGAGCCCAAGAUCGAACAACUACCAGUUCAGCCUGAAACUGUUCAAGAAUCUGUGAAACCAGAGGAGCCCAAGAUCGAACAACUACCAGUUCAGCCUGAAACUGUUCAAGAAUCUGUGAAACCAGAGGAGCCCAAGAUCGAACAACUACCAGUUCAGCCUGAAACUGUUCAAGAAUCUGUGAAACCAGAGGAGCCCAAGAUCGAACAACUACCAGUUCAGCCUGAAACUGUUCAAGAAUCUGUGAAACCAGAGGAGCCCAAGAUCGAACAACUACCAGUUCAGCCUGAAACCGUUCAAGAAUCUGUGAAACCAGAGGAGCCCAAGAUCGAACAACUACCAGUUCAGCCUGAAACUGUUCAAGAAUCUGUGAAACCAGAGGAGCCAAAGUUGGAGGAAAAUGAAGAACAAAGAGAAAUUUCAAUUAUCAAAAACGAGGCAGAAGUUUCACUUGUUUUUAAUAAUCCUGGAGUAUUCAAUCAUCUUGAAAUCGAUUUAUUGAUGGAAGAUUCAACAGCAAUUGAAAGCUUCAUCAGAACGACAAAAUCCAAAACAACAAUAGAAGAGGUCAAAGAAAAAGAAGAACCCAAGAUCGAACAACUACCAGUUCAGCCUGAAACUGUUCAAGAAUCUGUGAAACCAGAGGAGCCCAAGAUCGAACAACUACCAGUUCAGCCUGAAACUGUUCAAGAAUCUGUGAAACCAGAGGAGCCCAAGAUCGAACAACUACCAGUUCAGCCUGAAACUGUUCAAGAAACUGUGAAACCAGAGGAGCCCAAGAUCGAACAACUACCAGUUCAGCCUGAAACUGUUCAAGAAUCUGUGAAACCAGAGGAGCCAAAGUUGGAGGAAAAUGAAGAACAAAGAGAAAUUUCAAUUAUCAAAAACGAGGCAGAAGUUUCACUUGUUUUUAAUAAUCCUGGAGUAUUCAAUCAUCUUGAAAUCGAUUUAUUGAUGGAAGAUUCAACAGCAAUUGAAAGCUUCAUCAGAACGACAAAAUCCAAAACAACAAUAGAAGAGGUCAAAGAAAAAGAAGAACCCAAGAUCGAACAACUACCAGUUCAGCCUGAAACUGUUCAAGAAUCUGUGAAACCAGAGGAGCCCAAGAUCGAACAACUACCAGUUCAGCCUGAAACUGUUCAAGAAUCUGUGAAACCAGAGGAGCCCAAGAUCGAACAACUACCAGUUCAGCCUGAAACUGUUCAAGAAUCUGUGAAACCAGAGGAGCCCAAGAUCGAACAACUACCAGUUCAGCCUGAAACUGUUCAAGAAUCUGUGAAACCAGAGGAGCCCAAGAUCGAACAACUACCAGUUCAGCCUGAAACUGUUCAAGAAUCUGUGAAACCAGAGGAGCCCAAGAUCGAACAACUACCAGUUCAGCCUGAAACUGUUCAAGAAUCUGUGAAACCAGAGGAGCCCAAGAUCGAACAACUACCAGUUCAGCCUGAAACUGUUCAAGAAUCUGUGAAACCAGAGGAGCCCAAGAUCGAACAACUACCAGUUCAGCCUGAAACUGUUCAAGAAUCUGUGAAACCAGAGGAGCCCAAGAUCGAACAACUACCAGUUCAGCCUGAAACCGUUCAAGAAUCUGUGGAACCAGAGGAGCCCAAGAUCGAACAACUACCAGUUCAGCCUGAAACUGUUCAAGAAUCUGUGAAACCAGAGGAGCCCAAGAUCGAACAACUACCAGUUCAGCCUGAAACUGUUCAAGAAUCUGUGAAACCAGAGGAGCCCAAGAUCGAACAACUACCAGUUCAGCCUGAAACUGUUCAAGAAUCUGUGAAACCAGAGGAGCCCAAGAUCGAACAACUACCAGUUCAGCCUGAAACUGUUCAAGAAUCUGUGAAACCAGAGGAGCCCAAGAUCGAACAACUACCAGUUCAGCCUGAAACUGUUCAAGAAUCUGUGAAACCAGAGGAGCCCAAGAUCGAACAACUACCAGUUCAGCCUGAAACUGUUCAAGAAUCUGUGAAACCAGAGGAGCCCAAGAUCGAACAACUACCAGUUCAGCCUGAAACUGUUCAAGAAUCUGUGAAACCAGAGGAGCCCAAGAUUGAACAACUACCAGUUCAGCCUGAAACCGUUCAAGAAUCUGUGAAACCAGAGGAGCCCAAGAUCGAACAACUACCAGUUCAGCCUGAAACCGUUCAAGAAUCUGUGAAACCAGAGGAGCCAAAGUUGGAGGAAAAUGAAGAACAAAGAGAAAUUUCAAUUAUCAAAAACGAGGCAGAAGUUUCACUUGUUUUUAAUAAUCCUGGAGUAUUCAAUCAUCUUGAAAUCGAUUUAUUGAUGGAAGAUUCAACAGCAAUUGAAAGCUUCAUCAGAACGACAAAAUCCAAAACAACAAUAGAAGAGGUCAAAGAAAAAGAAGAACCCAAGAUCGAACAACUACCAGUUCAGCCUGAAACUGUUCAAGAAUCUGUGAAACCAGAGGAGCCCAAGAUCGAACAACUACCAGUUCAGCCUGAAACUGUUCAAGAAUCUGUGAAACCAGAGGAGCCCAAGAUCGAACAACUACCAGUUCAGCCUGAAACCGUUCAAGAAUCUGUGAAACCAGAGGAGCCCAAGAUCGAACAACUACCAGUUCAGCCUGAAACUGUUCAAGAAUCUGUGAAACCAGAGGAGCCAAAGUUGGAGGAAAAUGAAGAACAAAGAGAAAUUUCAAUUAUCAAAAACGAGGCAGAAGUUUCACUUGUUUUUAAUAAUCCUGGAGUAUUCAAUCAUCUUCAAAUCGAUUUAUUGAUGGAAGAUUCAACAGCAAUUGAAAGCUUCAUCAGAACGACAAAAUCCAAAACAACAAUAGAAGAGGUCAAAGAAAAAGAAGAACCCAAGAUCGAACAACUACCAGUUCAGCCUGAAACUGUUCAAGAAUCUGUGAAACCAGAGGAGCCCAAGAUUGAACAACUACUAGUUCAGCCUGAAACCGUUCAAGAAUCUGUGAAACCAGAGGAGCCCAAGAUCGAACAACUACCAGUUCAGCCUGAAACUGUUCAAGAAUCUGUGAAACCAGAGGAGCCCAAGAUUGAACAACUACCAGUUCAGCCUGAAACUGUUCAAGAAUCUGUGAAACCAGAGGAGCCCAAGAUCGAACAACUACCAGUUCAGCCUGAAACUGUUCAAGAAUCUGUGAAACCAGAGGAGCCCAAGAUUGAACAACUACCAGUUCAGCCUGAAACCGUUCAAGAAUCUGUGAAACCAGAGGAGCCCAAGAUCGAACAACUACCAGUUCAGCCUGAAACUGUUCAAGAAUCUGUGAAACCAGAGGAGCCCAAGAUCGAACAACUACCAGUUCAGCCUGAAACUGUUCAAGAAUCUGUGAAACCAGAGGAGCCCAAGAUCGAACAACUACCAGUUCAGCCUGAAACCGUUCAAGAAUCUGUGAAACCAGAGGAGCCCAAGAUCGAACGACUACCAGUUCAGCCUGAAACUGUUCAAGAAUCUGUGAAACCAGAGGAGCCCAAGAUCGAACAACUACCAGUUCAGCCUGAAACUGUUCAAGAAUCUGUGAAACCAGAGGAGCCCAAGAUCGAACAACUACCAGUUCAGCCUGAAACUGUUCAAGAAUCUGUGAAACCAGAGGAGCCCAAGAUCGAACAACUACCAGUUCAGCCUGAAACUGUUCAAGAAUCUGUGAAACCAGAGGAGCCCAAGAUUGAACAACUACCAGUUCAGCCUGAAACUGUUCAAGAAUCUGUGAAACCAGAGGAGCCCAAGAUCGAACAACUACCAGUUCAGCCUGAAACUGUUCAAGAAUCUGUGAAACCAGAGGAGCCCAAGAUCGAACAACUACCAGUUCAGCCUGAAACUGUUCAAGAAUCUGUGAAACCAGAGGAGCCCAAGAUCGAACAACUACCAGUUCAGCCUGAAACUGUUCAAGAAUCUGUGAAACCAGAGGAGCCCAAGAUUGAACAACUACCAGUUCAGCCUGAAACUGUUCAAGAAUCUGUGAAACCAGAGGAGCCCAAGAUCGAACAACUACCAGUUCAGCCUGAAACUGUUCAAGAAUCUGUGAAACCAGAGGAGCCCAAGAUUGAACAACUACCAGUUCAGCCUGAAACUGUUCAAGAAUCUGUGAAACCAGAGGAGCCCAAGAUCGAACAACUACCAGUUCAGCCUGAAACUGUUCAAGAAUCUGUGAAACCAGAGGAGCCCAAGAUCGAACAACUACCAGUUCAGCCUGAAACUGUUCAAGAAUCUGUGAAACCAGUGGAGCCCAAGAUCGAACAACUACCAGUUCAGCCUGAAACCGUUCAAGAACCUGUGAGAACAGAGGAAAAACAAAAGGCAGAGAAAGAUGCUCAAGAUAAGUUAGAAGCCGAUGCUGAGAAGAAAACUGAGUUGGAAAGUUUGGCCAAAAAACAAAAGGCAGAGAAAGAUGCUCAAGAUAAAUUAGAAGCCGAAGCUAAGAAGAAAACUGAGUUGGAAAGUUUGGCCAAAAAACAGAAGGCAGAUAAGGAUGCUCAAGAUAAGUUAGAAGCCGAAGCUAAGAAGAAAACUGAGUUGGAAAGUUUGGCCAAAAAACAGAAGGCAGAUAAGGAUGCUAAAGAUAAAUUAGAAGCCGAAGCUAAGAAGAAAGCUGAGUUGGAAAGUUUGGCCAAAAAACAAAAGGCAGAGAAAGAUGCUCAAGAGAAACUUGCGAAGGAUUUGAAGCUGAAGGCAGAUAAGGAUGCUAAAGAUAAAUUAGAAGCCGAAGCUAAGAAGAAAGCUGAGUUGGAAAGUUUGGCCAAAAAACAGAAGGCAGAUAAGGAUGCUCAAGAUAAGUUAGAAGCCGAAGCUAAGAAGAAAACUGAGUUGGAAAGUUUAGCCAAAAAACAAAAGGCAGAUAAGGAUGCUCAAGAUAAGUUAGAAGCCGAAGCUAAGAAGAAAGCUGAGUUGGAAAGUUUGGCCAAAAAACAGAAGGCAGAUAAGGAUGCUCAAGAUAAGUUAGAAGCCGAAGCUAAGAAGAAAACUGAGUUGGAAAGUUUAGCCAAAAAACAAAAGGCAGAUAAGGAUGCUCAAGAUAAGUUAGAAGCCGAAGCUAAGAAGAAAGCUGAGUUGGAAAGUUUGGCCAAAAAACAGAAGGCAGAUAAGGAUGCUCAAGAUAAGUUAGAAGCCGAAGCUAAGAAGAAAACUGAGUUGGAAAGUUUGGCCAAAAAACAGAAGGCAGAUAAGGAUGCUCAAGAUAAAUUAGAAGCCGAAGCUAAGAAGAAAACUGAGUUGGAAAGUUUGGCCAAAAAACAGAAGGCAGAUAAGGAUGCUCAAGAUAAGUUAGAAGCCGAAGCUAAGAAGAAAACUGAGUUGGAAAGUUUAGCCAAAAAACAAAAGGCAGAUAAGGAUGCUCAAGAUAAGUUAGAAGCCGAAGCUAAGAAGAAAACUGAGUUGGAAAGUUUGGCCAAAAAACAGAAGGCAGAUAAGGAUGCUCAAGAUAAAUUAGAAGCCGAAGCUAAGAAGAAAACUGAGUUGGAAAGUUUGGCCAAAAAACAGAAGGCAGAUAAGGAUGCUAAAGAUAAAUUAGAAGCCGAAGCUAAGAAGAAAGCUGAGUUGGAAAGUUUGGCCAAAAAACAAAAGGCAGAGAAAGAUGCUCAAGAGAAACUUGCGAAGGAUUUGAAGCUGAAGGCAGAUAAGGAUGCUAAAGAUAAAUUAGAAGCCGAAGCUAAGAAGAAAACUGAGUUGGAAAGUUUGGCCAAAAAACAGAAGGCAGAUAAGGAUGCUCAAGAUAAGUUAGAAGCCGAAGCUAAGAAGAAAACUGAGUUGGAAAGUUUAGCCAAAAAACAAAAGGCAGAUAAGGAUGCUCAAGAUAAGUUAGAAGCCGAAGCUAAGAAGAAAGCUGAGUUGGAAAGUUUGGCCAAAAAACAGAAGGCAGAUAAGGAUGCUCAAGAUAAGUUAGAAGCCGAAGCUAAGAAGAAAACUGAGUUGGAAAGUUUGGCCAAAAAACAGAAGGCAGAUAAGGAUGCUCAAGAUAAAUUAGAAGCCGAAGCUAAGAAGAAAACUGAGUUGGAAAGUUUGGCCAAAAAACAGAAGGCAGAUAAGGAUGCUCAAGAUAAGUUAGAAGCCGAAGCUAAGAAGAAAACUGAGUUGGAAAGUUUAGCCAAAAAACAAAAGGCAGAUAAGGAUGCUCAAGAUAAGUUAGAAGCCGAAGCUAAGAAGAAAACUGAGUUGGAAAGUUUGGCCAAAAAACAGAAGGCAGAUAAGGAUGCUCAAGAUAAAUUAGAAGCCGAAGCUAAGAAGAAAACUGAGUUGGAAAGUUUGGCCAAAAAACAGAAGGCAGAGAAAGAUGCUCAAGAGAAACUUGCGAAGGAUUUGAAGCUGAAGGCAGAUAAGGAUGCUCAAGAUAAGUUAGAAGCCGAAGCUAAGAAGAAAACUGAGUUGGAAAGUUUGGCCAAAAAACAGAAGGCAGAUAAGGAUGCUAAAGAUAAAUUAGAAGCCGAAGCUAAGAAGAAAGCUGAGUUGGAAAGUUUGGCCAAAAAACAAAAGGCAGAGAAAGAUGCUCAAGAGAAACUUGCGAAGGAUUUGAAGCUGAAGGCAGAUAAGGAUGCUCAAGAUAAAUUAGAAGCCGAAGCUAAGAAGAAAGCUGAGUUGGAAAGUUUGGCCAAAAAACAGAAGGCAGAGAAAGAUGCUCAAGAGAAACUUGCGAAGGAUUUGAAGCUGAAGGCAGAUAAGGAUGCUCAAGAUAAGUUAGAAGCCGAAGCUAAGAAGAAAACUGAGUUGGAAAGUUUGGCCAAAAAACAGAAGGCAGAUAAGGAUGCUAAAGAUAAAUUAGAAGCCGAAGCUAAGAAGAAAGCUGAGUUGGAAAGUUUGGCCAAAAAACAAAAGGCAGAGAAAGAUGCUCAAGAGAAACUUGCGAAGGAUUUGAAGCUGAAGGCAGAUAAGGAUGCUCAAGAUAAAUUAGAAGCCGAAGCUAAGAAGAAAGCUGAGUUGGAAAGUUUGGCCAAAAAACAGAAGGCAGAGAAAGAUGCUCAAGAGAAACUUGCGAAGGAUUUGAAGCUGAAGGCAGAUAAGGAUGCUCAAGAUAAGUUAGAAGCCGAAGCUAAGAAGAAAACUGAGUUGGAAAGUUUGGCCAAAAAACAGAAGGCAGAUAAGGAUGCUAAAGAUAAAUUAGAAGCCGAAGCUAAGAAGAAAGCUGAGUUGGAAAGUUUGGCCAAAAAACAAAAGGCAGAGAAAGAUGCUCAAGAGAAACUUGCGAAGGAUUUGAAGCUGAAGGCAGAUAAGGAUGCUCAAGAUAAAUUAGAAGCCGAAGCUAAGAAGAAAGCUGAGUUGGAAAGUUUGGCCAAAAAACAGAAGGCAGAUAAGGAUGCUCAAGAUAAAUUAGAAGCCGAAGCUAAGAAGAAAACUGAGUUGGAAAGUUUGGCCAAAAAACAGAAGGCAGAGAAAGAUGCUCAAGAUAAGUUAGAAGCCGAAGCUAAGAAGAAAACUGAGUUGGAAAGUUUAGCCAAAAAACAAAAGGCAGAUAAGGAUGCUCAAGAUAAAUUAGAAGCCGAAGCUAAGAAGAAAACUGAGUUGGAAUGUUUGGCCAAAAAACAAAAGGCAGAGAAAGAUGCUCAAGAGAAACUUGCGAAGGAUUUGAAGCUGAAGGCAGAUAAGGAUGCUCAAGAUAAAUUAGAAGCCGAAGCUAAGAAGAAAGCUGAGUUGGAAAGUUUGGCCAAAAAACAGAAGGCAGAGAAAGAUGCUCAAGAGAAACUUGCGAAGGAUUUGAAGCUGAAGGCAGAUAAGGAUGCUCAAGAUAAGUUAGAAGCCGAAGCUAAGAAGAAAACUGAGUUGGAAAGUUUGGCCAAAAAACAGAAGGCAGAUAAGGAUGCUAAAGAUAAAUUAGAAGCCGAAGCUAAGAAGAAAGCUGAGUUGGAAAGUUUGGCCAAAAAACAAAAGGCAGAGAAAGAUGCUCAAGAGAAACUUGCAAAGGAUUUGAAGCUGAAGGCAGAUAAGGAUGCUCAAGAUAAGUUAGAAGCCGAAGCUAAGAAGAAAGCUGAGUUGGAAAGUUUAGCCAAAAAACAGAAGGCAGAGAAAGAUGCUCAAGAGAAACUUGCAAAGGAUUUGAAGCUGAAGGCAGAUAAGGAUGCUCAAGAUAAGUUAGAAGCCGAAGCUAAGAAGAAAACUGAGUUGGAAAGUUUGGCCAAAAAACAGAAGGCAGAUAAGGAUGCUAAAGAUAAAUUAGAAGCCGAAGCUAAGAAGAAAGCUGAGUUGGAAAGUUUGGCCAAAAAACAAAAGGCAGAGAAAGAUGCUCAAGAGAAACUUGCAAAGGAUUUGAAGCUGAAGGCAGAUAAGGAUGCUCAAGAUAAAUUAGAAGCCGAAGCUAAGAAGAAAGCUGAGUUGGAAAGUUUGGCCAAAAAACAGAAGGCAGAUAAGGAUGCUCAAGAUAAAUUAGAAGCCGAAGCUAAGAAGAAAACUGAGUUGGAAAGUUUGGCCAAAAAACAGAAGGCAGAGAAAGAUGCUCAAGAUAAGUUAGAAGCCGAAGCUAAGAAGAAAACUGAGUUGGAAAGUUUAGCCAAAAAACAAAAGGCAGAUAAGGAUGCUCAAGAUAAAUUAGAAGCCGAAGCUAAGAAGAAAACUGAGUUGGAAUGUUUGGCCAAAAAACAAAAGGCAGAGAAAGAUGCUCAAGAGAAACUUGCGAAGGAUUUGAAGCUGAAGGCAGAUAAGGAUGCUCAAGAUAAAUUAGAAGCCGAAGCUAAGAAGAAAGCUGAGUUGGAAAGUUUGGCCAAAAAACAGAAGGCAGAUAAGGAUGCUCAAGAUAAGUUAGAAGCCGAAGCUAAGAAGAAAACUGAGUUGGAAAGUUUGGCCAAAAAACAAAAGGCAGAGAAAGAUGCUCAAGAGAAACUUGCAAAGGAUUUGAAGCUGAAGGCAGAUAAGGAUGCUAAAGAUAAAUUAGAAGCCGAAGCUAAGAAGAAAACUGAGUUGGAAAGUUUGGCCAAAAAACAGAAGGCAGAUAAGGAUGCUAAAGAUGAAUUAGAAGCCGAAGCUAAGAAGAAAGCUGAGUUGGAAAGUUUGGCCAAAAAACAAAAGGCAGAGAAAGAUGCUCAAGAGAAACUUGCGAAGGAUUUGAAGCUGAAGGCAGAUAAGGAUGCUAAAGAUAAAUUAGAAGCCGAAGCUAAGAAGAAAACUGAGUUGGAAAGUUUGGCCAAAAAACAGAAGGCAGAUAAGGAUGCUAAAGAUGAAUUAGAAGCCGAAGCUAAGAAGAAAGCUGAGUUGGAAAGUUUGGCCAAAAAACAAAAGGCAGAGAAAGAUGCUCAAGAGAAACUUGCGAAGGAUUUGAAGCUGAAGGCAGAUAAGGAUGCUAAAGAUAAAUUAGAAGCCGAAGCUAAGAAGAAAACUGAGUUGGAAAGUUUGGCCAAAAAACAGAAGGCAGAGAAAGAUGCUCAAGAUAAGUUAGAAGCCGAAGCUAAGAAGAAAACUGAGUUGGAAAGUUUAGCCAAAAAACAAAAGGCAGAUAAGGAUGCUCAAGAUAAAUUAGAAUCCGAAGCUAAGAAGAAAACUGAGUUGGAAAGUUUGGCCAAAAAACAAAAGGCAGAGAAAGAUGCUCAAGAGAAACUUGCGAAGGAUUUGAAGCUGAAGGCAGAUAAGGAUGCUAAAGAUAAAUUAGAAGCCGAAGCUAAGAAGAAAACUGAGUUGGAAAGUUUGGCCAAAAAACAGAAGGCAGAUAAGGAUGCUCAAGAUAAGUUAGAAGCCGAAGCUAAGAAGAAAACUGAGUUGGAAAGUUUGGCCAAAAAACAAAAGGCAGAGAAAGAUGCUCAAGAUAAAUUAGAAGCCGAAGCUAAGAAGAAAACUGAGUUGGAAAGUUUGGCCAAAAAACAGAAGGCAGAGAAAGAUGCUAAAGAUGAAUUAGAAGCCGAAGCUAAGAAGAAAACUGAGUUGGAAAGUUUAGCCAAAAAACAAAAGGCAGAUAAGGAUGCUCAAGAUAAAUUAGAAGCCGAAGCUAAGAAGAAAACUGAGUUGGAAAGUUUGGCCAAAAAACAGAAGGCAGAGAAAGAUGCUCAAGAUAAGUUAGAAGCCGAAGCUAAGAAGAAAACUGAGUUGGAAAGUUUAGCCAAAAAACAAAAGGCAGAUAAGGAUGCUCAAGAUAAAUUAGAAGCCGAAGCUAAGAAGAAAACUGAGUUGGAAAGUUUGGCCAAAAAACAAAAGGCAGAGAAAGAUGCUCAAGAGAAACUUGCGAAGGAUUUGAAGCUGAAGGCAGAUAAGGAUGCUAAAGAUAAAUUAGAAGCCGAAGCUAAGAAGAAAACUGAGUUGGAAAGUUUGGCCAAAAAACAGAAGGCAGAUAAGGAUGCUCAAGAUAAAUUAGAAGCCGAAGCUAAGAAGAAAGCUGAGUUGGAAAGUUUGGCCAAAAAACAGAAGGCAGAUAAGGAUGCUCAAGAUAAAUUAGAAGCCGAAGCUAAGAAGAAAACUGAGUUGGAAAGUUUGGCCAAAAAACAGAAGGCAGAGAAAGAUGCUCAAGAUAAGUUAGAAGCCGAAGCUAAGAAGAAAACUGAGUUGGAAAGUUUAGCCAAAAAACAAAAGGCAGAUAAGGAUGCUCAAGAUAAAUUAGAAGCCGAAGCUAAGAAGAAAACUGAGUUGGAAAGUUUGGCCAAAAAACAGAAGGCAGAGAAAGAUGCUCAAGAUAAGUUAGAAGCCGAAGCUAAGAAGAAAACUGAGUUGGAAAGUUUAGCCAAAAAACAAAAGGCAGAUAAGGAUGCUCAAGAUAAAUUAGAAGCCGAAGCUAAGAAGAAAACUGAGUUGGAAAGUUUGGCCAAAAAACAAAAGGCAGAGAAAGAUGCUCAAGAGAAACUUGCAAAGGAUUUGAAGCUGAAGGCAGAUAAGGAUGCUAAAGAUAAAUUAGAAGCCGAAGCUAAGAAGAAAACUGAGUUGGAAAGUUUGGCCAAAAAACAGAAGGCAGAUAAGGAUGCUCAAGAUAAAUUAGAAGCCGAAGCUAAGAAGAAAGCUGAGUUGGAAAGUUUGGCCAAAAAACAGAAGGCAGAUAAGGAUGCUCAAGAUAAAUUAGAAGCCGAAGCUAAGAAGAAAACUGAGUUGGAAAGUUUGGCCAAAAAACAGAAGGCAGAGAAAGAUGCUCAAGAUAAGUUAGAAGCCGAAGCUAAGAAGAAAACUGAGUUGGAAAGUUUAGCCAAAAAACAAAAGGCAGAUAAGGAUGCUCAAGAUAAAUUAGAAGCCGAAGCUAAGAAGAAAACUGAGUUGGAAAGUUUGGCCAAAAAACAAAAGGCAGAGAAAGAUGCUCAAGAUAAGUUAGAAGCCGAAGCUAAGAAGAAAACUGAGUUGGAAAGUUUAGCCAAAAAACAAAAGGCAGAUAAGGAUGCUCAAGAUAAAUUAGAAGCCGAAGCUAAGAAGAAAACUGAGUUGGAAAGUUUGGCCAAAAAACAAAAGGCAGAGAAAGAUGCUCAAGAGAAACUUGCGAAGGAUUUGAAGCUGAAGGCAGAUAAGGAUGCUCAAGAUAAAUUAGAAGCCGAAGCUAAGAAGAAAACUGAGUUGGAAAGUUUGGCCAAAAAACAAAAGGCAGAGAAAGAUGCUCAAGAGAAACUUGCGAAGGAUUUGAAGCUGAAGGCAGAUAAGGAUGCUCAAGAUAAAUUAGAAGCCGAAGCUAAGAAGAAAACUGAGUUGGAAAGUUUGGCCAAAAAACAGAAGGCAGAGAAAGAUGCUCAAGAUAAGUUAGAAGCCGAAGCUAAGAAGAAAACUGAGUUGGAAAGUUUAGCCAAAAAACAAAAGGCAGAUAAGGAUGCUCAAGAUAAAUUAGAAGCCGAAGCUAAGAAGAAAACUGAGUUGGAAAGUUUGGCCAAAAAACAAAAGGCAGAGAAAGAUGCUCAAGAGAAACUUGCGAAGGAUUUGAAGCUGAAGGCAGAUAAGGAUGCUCAAGAUAAAUUAGAAGCCGAAGCUAAGAAGAAAACUGAGUUGGAAAGUUUGGCCAAAAAACAAAAGGCAGAGAAAGAUGCUCAAGAGAAACUUGCGAAGGAUUUGAAGCUGAAGGCAGAUAAGGAUGCUAAAGAUAAAUUAGAAGCCGAAGCUAAGAAGAAAACUGAGUUGGAAAGUUUGGCCAAAAAACAGAAGGCAGAUAAGGAUGCUAAAGAUGAAUUAGAAGCCGAAGCUAAGAAGAAAGCUGAGUUGGAAAGUUUGGCCAAAAAACAAAAGGCAGAGAAAGAUGCUCAAGAGAAACUUGCGAAGGAUUUGAAGCUGAAGGCAGAUAAGGAUGCUAAAGAUAAAUUAGAAGCCGAAGCUAAGAAGAAAACUGAGUUGGAAAGUUUGGCCAAAAAACAGAAGGCAGAUAAGGAUGCUAAAGAUGAAUUAGAAGCCGAAGCUAAGAAGAAAGCUGAGUUGGAAAGUUUGGCCAAAAAACAGAAGGCAGAUAAGGAUGCUCAAGAUAAAUUAGAAGCCGAAGCUAAGAAGAAAACUGAGUUGGAAAGUUUGGCCAAAAAACAGAAGGCAGAGAAAGAUGCUCAAGAUAAGUUAGAAGCCGAAGCUAAGAAGAAAACUGAGUUGGAAAGUUUGGCCAAAAAACAAAAGGCAGAUAAGGAUGCUCAAGAUAAAUUAGAAGCCGAAGCUAAGAAGAAAACUGAGUUGGAAAGUUUGGCCAAAAAACAAAAGGCAGAGAAAGAUGCUCAAGAGAAACUUGCGAAGGAUUUGAAGCUGAAGGCAGAUAAGGAUGCUCAAGAUAAAUUAGAAGCCGAAGCUAAGAAGAAAACUGAGUUGGAAAGUUUGGCCAAAAAACAGAAGGCAGAGAAAGAUGCUCAAGAUAAGUUAGAAGCCGAAGCUAAGAAGAAAACUGAGUUGGAAAGUUUGGCCAAAAAACAAAAGGCAGAGAAAGAUGCUCAAGAGAAACUUGCGAAGGAUUUGAAGCUGAAGGCAGAUAAGGAUGCUCAAGAUAAAUUAGAAGCCGAAGCUAAGAAGAAAACUGAGUUGGAAAGUUUGGCCAAAAAACAAAAGGCAGAGAAAGAUGCUCAAGAGAAACUUGCGAAGGAUUUGAAGCUGAAGGCAGAUAAGGAUGCUCAAGAUAAAUUAGAAGCCGAAGCUAAGAAGAAAACUGAGUUGGAAAGUUUGGCCAAAAAACAGAAGGCAGAGAAAGAUGCUCAAGAUAAGUUAGAAGCCGAAGCUAAGAAGAAAACUGAGUUGGAAAGUUUAGCCAAAAAACAAAAGGCAGAUAAGGAUGCUCAAGAUAAAUUAGAAGCCGAAGCUAAGAAGAAUACUGAGUUGGAAAGUUUGGCCAAAAAACAAAAGGCAGAGAAAGAUGCUCAAGAGAAACUUGCGAAGGAUUUGAAGCUGAAGGCAGAUAAGGAUGCUCAAGAUAAAUUAGAAGCCGAAGCUAAGAAGAAAACUGAGUUGGAAAGUUUGGCCAAAAAACAAAAGGCAGAGAAAGAUGCUCAAGAGAAACUUGCGAAGGAUUUGAAGCUGAAGGCAGAUAAGGAUGCUAAAGAUAAAUUAGAAGCCGAAGCUAAGAAGAAAACUGAGUUGGAAAGUUUGGCCAAAAAACAGAAGGCAGAUAAGGAUGCUAAAGAUGAAUUAGAAGCCGAAGCUAAGAAGAAAGCUGAGUUGGAAAGUUUGGCCAAAAAACAAAAGGCAGAGAAAGAUGCUCAAGAGAAACUUGCGAAGGAUUUGAAGCUGAAGGCAGAUAAGGAUGCUAAAGAUAAAUUAGAAGCCGAAGCUAAGAAGAAAACUGAGUUGGAAAGUUUGGCCAAAAAACAGAAGGCAGAUAAGGAUGCUAAAGAUGAAUUAGAAGCCGAAGCUAAGAAGAAAGCUGAGUUGGAAAGUUUGGCCAAAAAACAGAAGGCAGAUAAGGAUGCUCAAGAUAAAUUAGAAGCCGAAGCUAAGAAGAAAACUGAGUUGGAAAGUUUGGCCAAAAAACAGAAGGCAGAGAAAGAUGCUCAAGAUAAGUUAGAAGCCGAAGCUAAGAAGAAAACUGAGUUGGAAAGUUUGGCCAAAAAACAAAAGGCAGAUAAGGAUGCUCAAGAUAAAUUAGAAGCCGAAGCUAAGAAGAAAACUGAGUUGGAAAGUUUGGCCAAAAAACAAAAGGCAGAGAAAGAUGCUCAAGAGAAACUUGCGAAGGAUUUGAAGCUGAAGGCAGAUAAGGAUGCUAAAGAUAAAUUAGAAGCCGAAGCUAAGAAGAAAACUGAGUUGGAAAGUUUGGCCAAAAAACAGAAGGCAGAUAAGGAUGCUCAAGAUAAGUUAGAAGCCGAAGCUAAGAAGAAAACUGAGUUGGAAAGUUUGGCCAAAAAACAAAAGGCAGAGAAAGAUGCUCAAGAUAAAUUAGAAGCCGAAGCUAAGAAGAAAACUGAGUUGGAAAGUUUGGCCAAAAAACAGAAGGCAGAGAAAGAUGCUAAAGAUGAAUUAGAAGCCGAAGCUAAGAAGAAAACUGAGUUGGAAAGUUUGGCCAAAAAACAAAAGGCAGAGAAAGAUGCUCAAGAUAAAUUAGAAGCCGAAGCUAAGAAGAAAACUGAGUUGGAAAGUUUGGCCAAAAAACAGAAGGCAGAGAAAGAUGCUAAAGAUGAAUUAGAAGCCGAAGCUAAGAAGAAAACUGAGUUGGAAAGUUUGGCCAAAAAACAAAAGGCAGAGAAAGAUGCUCAAGAGAAACUUGCGAAGGAUUUGAAGCUGAAGGCAGAUAAGGAUGCUAAAGAUAAAUUAGAAGCCGAAGCUAAGAAGAAAACUGAGUUGGAAAGUUUGGCCAAAAAACAGAAGGCAGAUAAGGAUGUUCAAGAUAAGUUAGAAGCCGAAGCUAAGAAGAAAACUGAGUUGGAAAGUUUGGCCAAAAAACAAAAGGCAGAGAAAGAUGCUCAAGAGAAACUUGCGAAGGAUUUGAAGCUGAAGGCAGAUAAGGAUGCUAAAGAUAAAUUAGAAGCCGAAGCUAAGAAGAAAACUGAGUUGGAAAGUUUGGCCAAAAAACAGAAGGCAGAUAAGGAUGCUAAAGAUGAAUUAGAAGCCGAAGCUAAGAAGAAAGCUGAGUUGGAAAGUUUGGCCAAAAAACAGAAGGCAGAUAAGGAUGCUCAAGAUAAAUUAGAAGCCGAAGCUAAGAAGAAAACUGAGUUGGAAAGUUUGGCCAAAAAACAGAAGGCAGAGAAAGAUGCUCAAGAUAAGUUAGAAGCCGAAGCUAAGAAGAAAACUGAGUUGGAAAGUUUGGCCAAAAAACAGAAGGCAGAGAAAGAUGCUCAAGAUAAGUUAGAAGCCGAAGCUAAGAAGAAAACUGAGUUGGAAAGUUUGGCCAAAAAACAGAAGGCAGAUAAGGAUGCUCAAGAUAAGUUAGAAGCCGAAGCUAAGAAGAAAGCUGAGUUGGAAAGUUUGGCCAAAAAACAGAAGGCAGAGAAAGAUGCUCAAGAUAAGUUAGAAGCCGAAGCUAAGAAGAAAACUGAGUUGGAAAGUUUGGCCAAAAAACAGAAGGCAGAUAAGGAUGCUAAAGAUAAAUUAGAAGCCGAAGCUAAGAAGAAAACUGAGUUGGAAAGUUUGGCCAAAAAACAGAAGGCAGACAAGGAUGCUAAAGAUAAAUUAGAAGCCGAAGCUAAGAAGAAAACUGAGUUGGAAAGUUUGGCCAAAAAACAAAAGGCAGAUAAGGAUGCUCAAGAUAAGUUAGAAGCCGAAGCUAAGAAGAAAGCUGAGUUGGAAAGUUUGGCCAAAAAACAAAAGGCAGAGAAAGAUGCUCAAGAGAAACUUGCGAAGGAUUUGAAGCUGAAGGCAGAUAAGGAUGCUAAAGAUAAAUUAGAAGCCGAAGCUAAGAAGAAAACUGAGUUGGAAAGUUUGGCCAAAAAACAGAAGGCAGAUAAGGAUGCUCAAGAUAAGUUAGAAGCCGAAGCUAAGAAGAAAACUGAGUUGGAAAGUUUAGCCAAAAAAGAAAAGGCAGAUAAGGAUACUCAAGAUAAGUUAGAAGCCGAAGCUAAGAAGAAAACUGAGUUGGAAAGUUUAGCCAAAAAACAAAAGGCAGAUAAGGAUGCUCAAGAUAAAUUAGAAGCCGAAGCUAAGAAGAAAACUGAGUUGGAAAGUUUGGCCAAAAAACAGAAGGCAGAUAAGGAUGCUCAAGAUAAGUUAGAAGCCGAAGCUAAGAAGAAAACUGAGUUGGAAAGUUUAGCCAAAAAACAAAAGGCAGAUAAGGAUGCUCAAGAUAAGUUAGAAGCCGAAGCUAAGAAGAAAACUGAGUUGGAAAGUUUGGCCAAAAAACAGAAGGCAGAUAAGGAUGCUCAAGAUAAGUUAGAAGCCGAAGCUAAGAAGAAAACUGAGUUGGAAAGUUUGGCCAAAAAACAAAAGGCAGAUAAGGAUGCUCAAGAUAAAUUAGAAGCCGAAGCUAAGAAGAAAACUGAGUUGGAAAGUUUGGCCAAAAAACAGAAGGCAGAUAAGGAUGCUCAAGAUAAGUUAGAAGCCGAAGCUAAGAAGAAAACUGAGUUGGAAAGUUUGGCCAAAAAACAGAAGGCAGAGAAAGAUGCUCAAGAGAAACUUGCGAAGGAUUUGAAGCUGAAGGCAGAUAAGGAUGCUAAAGAUAAAUUAGAAGCCGAAGCUAAGAAGAAAACUGAGUUGGAAAGUUUGGCCAAAAAACAAAAGGCAGAGAAAGAUGCUCAAGAGAAACUUGCGAAGGAUUUGAAGCUGAAGGCAGAUAAGGAUGCUCAAGAUAAAUUAGAAGCCGAAGCUAAGAAGAAAGCUGAGUUGGAAAGUUUGGCCAAAAAACAGAAGGCAGAUAAGGAUGCUAAAGAUAAGUUAGAAGCCGAAGCUAAGAAGAAAACUGAGUUGGAAAGUUUGGCCAAAAAACAAAAGGCAGAUAAGGAUGCUCAAGAUAAGUUAGAAGCCGAAGCUAAGAAGAAAACUGAGUUGGAAAGUUUAGCCAAAAAACAAAAGGCAGAUAAGGAUGCUCAAGAUAAGUUAGAAGCCGAAGCUAAGAAGAAAACUGAGUUGGAAAGUUUGGCCAAAAAACAGAAGGCAGAGAAAGAUGCUCAAGAUAAGUUAGAAGCCGAAGCUAAGAAGAAAACUGAGUUGGAAAGUUUGGCCAAAAAACAAAAGGCAGAUAAGGAUGCUCAAGAUAAAUUAGAAGCCGAAGCUAAGAAGAAAACUGAGUUGGAAAGUUUAGCCAAAAAACAAAAGGCAGAUAAGGAUGCUCAAGAUAAGUUAGAAGCCGAAGCUAAGAAGAAAACUGAGUUGGAAAGUUUGGCCAAAAAACAAAAGGCAGAUAAGGAUGCUCAAGAUAAAUUAGAAGCCGAAGCUAAGAAGAAAACUGAGUUGGAAAGUUUAGCCAAAAAACAAAAGGCAGAUAAGGAUGCUCAAGAUAAGUUAGAAGCCGAAGCUAAGAAGAAAACUGAGUUGGAAAGUUUGGCCAAAAAACAAAAGGCAGAUAAGGAUGCUCAAGAUAAAUUAGAAGCCGAAGCUAAGAAGAAAACUGAGUUGGAAAGUUUAGCCAAAAAACAAAAGGCAGAUAAGGAUGCUCAAGAUAAGUUAGAAGCCGAAGCUAAGAAGAAAACUGAGUUGGAAAGUUUGGCCAAAAAACAGAAGGCAGAGAAAGAUGCUCAAGAUAAGUUAGAAGCCGAAGCUAAGAAGAAAACUGAGUUGGAAAGUUUGGCCAAAAAACAGAAGGCAGACAAGGAUGCUAAAGAUAAGUUAGAAGCCGAAGCUAAGAAGAAAGCUGAGCUGGAAAGUUUGGCCAAAAAACAGAAGGCAGAUAAGGAUGCUCAAGAUAAAUUAGAAGCCGAAGCUAAGAAGAAAACUGAGUUGGAAAGUUUGGCCAAAAAACAGAAGGCAGAGAAAGAUGCUCAAGAUAAGUUAGAAGCCGAAGCUAAGAAGAAAACUGAGUUGGAAAGUUUGGCCAAAAAACAGAAGGCAGAUAAGGAUGCUAAAGAUAAGUUAGAAGCCGAAGCUAAGAAGAAAGCUGAGUUGGAAAGUUUGGCCAAAAAACAGAAGGCAGAUAAGGAUGCUCAAGAUAAGUUAGAAGCCGAAGCUAAGAAGAAAGCUGAGUUGGAAAGUUUGGCCAAAAAACAAAAGGCAGAGAAAGAUGCUCAAGAUAAGUUAGAAGCCGAAGCUAAGAAGAAAACUGAGUUGGAAAGUUUGGCCAAAAAACAGAAGGCAGAUAAGGAUGCUCAAGAUAAGUUAGAAGCCGAAGCUAAGAAGAAAGCUGAGUUGGAAAGUUUGGCCAAAAAACAAAAGGCAGAGAAAGAUGCUCAAGAGAAACUUGCGAAGGAUUUGAAGCUGAAGGCAGAUAAGGAUGCUAAAGAUAAAUUAGAAGCCGAAGCUAAGAAGAAAACUGAGUUGGAAAGUUUGGCCAAAAAACAGAAGGCAGAUAAGGAUGCUCAAGAUAAGUUAGAAGCCGAAGCUAAGAAGAAAGCUGAGUUGGAAAGUUUGGCCAAAAAACAAAAGGCAGAGAAAGAUGCUCAAGAGAAACUUGCGAAGGAUUUGAAGCUGAAGGCAGAUAAGGAUGCUAAAGAUAAAUUAGAAGCCGAAGCUAAGAAGAAAAUUGAGUUGGAAAGUUUGGCCAAAAAACAAAAGGCAGAGAAAGAUGCUCAAGAGAAGUUAGAAGCCGAAGCUAAGAAGAAAGCUGAGUUGGAAAGUUUGGCCAAAAAACAGAAGGCAGAGAAAGAUGCUCAAGAGAAACUUGCAAAGGAUUUGAAGCUGGAGGCAGAUAAGGAUGCUAAAGAUAAAUUAGAAGCCGAAGCUAAGAAGAAAACUGAGUUGGAAAGUUUGGCCAAAAAACAGAAGGCAGAGAAAGAUGCUCAAGAUAAGUUAGAAGCCGAAGCUAAGAAGAAAACUGAGUUGGAAAGUUUGGCCAAAAAACAGAAGGCAGAUAAGGAUGCUCAAGAUAAGUUAGAAGCCGAAGCUAAGAAGAAAGUUGAGUUGGAAAGUUUGGCCAAAAAACAAAAGGCAGAGAAAGAUGCUCAAGAUAAGUUAGAAGCCGAAGCUAAGAAGAAAACUGAGUUGGAAAGUUUGGCCAAAAAACAGAAGGCAGAGAAAGAUGCUAAAGAUAAGUUAGAAGCCGAAGCUAAGAAGAAAACUGAGUUGGAAAGUUUGGCCAAAAAACAGAAGGCAGAUAAGGAUGCUCAAGAUAAGUUAGAAGCCGAAGCUAAGAAGAAAGUUGAGUUGGAAAGUUUGGCCAAAAAACAAAAGGCAGAGAAAGAUGCUCAAGAUAAGUUAGAAGCCGAAGCUAAGAAGAAAACUGAGUUGGAAAGUUUGGCCAAAAAACAGAAGGCAGAUAAGGAUGCUCAAGAUAAGUUAGAAGCCGAAGCUAAGAAGAAAGCUGAGCUGGAAAGUUUGGCCAAAAAACAGAAGGCAGAUAAGGAUACUCAAGAUAAGUUAGAAGCCGAAGCUAAGAAGAAAACUGAGUUGGAAAGUUUGGCCAAAAAACAGAAGGCAGAUAAGGAUGCUCAAGAUAAGUUAGAAGCCGAAGCUAAGAAGAAAACUGAGCUGGAAAGUUUGGCCAAAAAACAGAAGGCAGAGAAAGAUGCUCAAGAUAAGUUAGAAGCCGAAGCUAAGAAGAAAACUGAGUUGGAAAGUUUGGCCAAAAAACAGAAGGCAGAUAAGGAUGCUCAAGAUAAGUUAGAAGCCGAAGCUAAGAAGAAAGUUGAGUUGGAAAGUUUGGCCAAAAAACAAAAGGCAGAGAAAGAUGCUCAAGAUAAGUUAGAAGCCGAAGCUAAGAAGAAAACUGAGUUGGAAAGUUUGGCCAAAAAACAAAAGGCAGAGAAAGAUGCUCAAGAUAAGUUAGAAGCCGAAGCUAAGAAGCAAACUGAGUUGGAAAGUUUGGCCAAAAAACAAAAGGCAGAUAAGGAUGCUCAAGAGAAACUUGCGAAGGAUUUGAAGCUGAAGGCAGAUAAGGAUGCUAAAGAUAAAUUAGAAGCCGAAGCUAAGAAGAAAACUGAGUUGGAAAGUUUGGCCAAAAAACAGAAGGCAGAUAAGGAUGCUCAAGAUAAGUUAGAAGCCGAAGCUAAGAAGAAAACUGAGUUGGAAAGUUUGGCCAAAAAACAGAAGGCAGAGAAAGAUGCUCAAGAUAAGUUAGAAGCCGAAGCUAAGAAGAAAACUGAGUUGGAAAGUUUGGCCAAAAAACAAAAGGCAGAGAAAGAUGCUCAAGAUAAGUUAGAAGCCGAAGCUAAGAAGAAAACUGAGUUGGAAAGUUUGGCCAAAAAACAAAAGGCAGAGAAAGAUGCUCAAGAGAAACUUGCGAAGGAUUUGAAGCUGAAGGCAGAUAAGGAUGCUAAAGAUAAAUUAGAAGCCGAAGCUAAGAAGAAAACUGAGUUGGAAAGUUUGGCCAAAAAACAGAAGGCAGAUAAGGAUGCUCAAGAUAAGUUAGAAGCCGAAGCUAAGAAGAAAGCUGAGUUGGAAAGUUUGGCCAAAAAACAAAAGGCAGAGAAAGAUGCUCAAGAGAAACUUGCGAAGGAUUUGAAGCUGAAGGCAGAGAAAGAUGCUCAAGAUAAAUUAGAAGCCGAAGCUAAGAAGAAAACUGAGUUGGAAAGUUUGGCCAAAAAACAGAAGGCAGAUAAGGAUGCUCAAGAUAAGUUAGAAGCCGAAGCUAAGAAGAAAGCUGAGUUGGAAAGUUUGGCCAAAAAACAAAAGGCAGAGAAAGAUGCUCAAGAGAAACUUGCGAAGGAUUUGAAGCUGAAGGCAGAUAAGGAUGCUAAAGAUAAAUUAGAAGCCGAAGCUAAGAAGAAAACUGAGUUGGAAAGUUUGGCCAAAAAACAGAAGGCAGAGAAAGAUGCUCAAGAGAAACUUGCGAAGGAUUUGAAGCUGAAGGCAGAUAAGGAUGCUCAAGAUAAGUUAGAAGCCGAAGCUAAGAAGAAAACUGAGUUGGAAAGUUUGGCCAAAAAACAAAAGGCAGAGAAAGAUGCUCAAGAGAAACUUGCAAAGGAUUUGAAGCUGAAGGCAGAUAAGGAUGCUAAAGAUAAAUUAGAAACCGAAGCUAAAGCAGACAAUGCGGAAAAGGCAACCAAAAAAUUAGUGAAGAAAAAAACUGAGAAAUCGGAUUCUGUUGAAAAUACUGUCCAACCUAAUGAUAAAAAACCAGUUAAAGUUUCCGAGGUCAAAGAAGAUGCUAAACCUGGAGAGCCAAAUAUCGAACAAAGCAAGGCGGAAAAAAACACCAGAAAUAAAAUGGAACUCGAAAAUGCAGCCAAUCCUGAUGCGGGUGAAAAAGUUGUUGAGAAGAAAACACUCGUAGUGGACGGCCAAGGGAAACAAGCUGGUGAUAAAAAAUCAAAGAAAAAAGAGGAGAAUGUUGUUUCCAUAGAUAUAUCUUUGAAUUCGAAAGAAAAAUCAUCAUCAUCUAUUUUUUAUAUUUCUCCAAAAUUAUGCUGUGAACUAUCCACCGAACAACCAUAUGUUCUCGAAGUCGUAUGUAAUGCAGUAAGUCUAAUUCAGUUCUCCACAGAAUUAUUUUGAAAAAAUUUCAGUCCUUCGUCAAACAAAGAACAGACAAAAUAGGAAUCGGUAUAAUUUUCGAGAAAUCUUCAUCUAAAGAUCCAGAAAGGCCUAGUAGACUUGAUGAGAGUAAGUUUUAACAUUAAUUAAUAUUUAUAAAGGGGGAGGGGGGUGACAAGAAAUCAAAGAUACCUCAAAGAUCAUAUUCGGUAUACCAAAACCUUCUAGACUUUUUCUUUCUGGGAAAGGCCAUACUUUUUCUCAAAAAAAACUUAUACUGAUCAUUUUCCAAGUUACAUUGUAAUCCCUGUGAUUAUAGAUUGUUUGCUCACUGAUGUAGUCGAUGGAUUGUCUAUAUCAAGUCCCAAACCAAAGAAAACAUUGAAAAAGAAGAAAAAGACACACCGGAAGGAGAAAAUAGCAGUAAAAGAAACCGAGCAAGAUGAUAAAACAACGCAUUUACAACCAGAAGUAUCAGGGUUAGAAAGAAAACGAACAAAUUCAGGUAAUGUUUGUCGAAAGAAAAAUAUAAAACUCGUUUUGCAGGAAGUAGUCUCAUUUUUGUGGACGUGGAUAUCGAAGCAGGCGAAGAAUCAAUCCAUACAGAUGCUCUUGUUGAUCUCAAUUUCUAUGACUAUGAUCAAAUGGAAUUGAGCAUUAUGGAAGAAUAUGAAAGCGAAGAAGAUGAUAGCCAAUCUAUUGAAUGUGAUGUCAGUUUGAGUAAUAUUGAUGAUACUGACGGAGUCAAUGUUUUCCCACCGCCGACAGUCAUAGACGAAGUAUCAAAAGAUAUUUCAAUGCCUAAAGACCAAAUCAGAAAAGCUGAAGAAAUUGGAGAAGCUGAAAGUAACUUAUCAUCCAAAGAUGAGGUUUCUUUCACUAUAACAUUACCAACGGACGAACAAUCCAUUAUUAUUCAUCCUAUUUCUCAAUCAAUUGAAAACUUUGAUUCUUUGAUCGUUUUGAAAUGUCAAACAUCAAAAGAUAUAAGCGAAGCGAAAUGGUUCUGCAAUGGUAUGAUUAUUGAAAACACUGAUGAUGUCGUAAUUGAAACAGUUGAAAAAACAACAACUCUGUCAUUGAAUCGUUUCUUACCACAAAUGAAGGGAAAAUAUCACGUGCUUAUCGAUGGUAAGAUUGGAAGUCAACCCGCUCAAUUAUCUGGACCAGCUCCACCAAUCAUAACCAAUAAGUAAGUUAACCGGCAAAAACGCGUCAAUGUAGAUCGGCCCCCAGUGUCGUACACAAAUAAAGAAAAUCCUACCCAGUGUAGAUUAGCCCCCCAUCCCAUAGAUCGCAUCGCUCCCCCUGCAGGGGCCAUUAGGGUCUAUCACUUUGCAAUUUUUCUAAAUUGAGGGGGUGUAUCACUGAGGUUCAAUUUUUGUAUGGAAGGCGCAAGCCUUCCAUUAAAAAAAAAUUUUGUUUGUUCUCAAAAAAAAAAUUAAAAAUUUUGCAACACCAUUGCUCUUGGCAGGAAUCGAUCCAGCGACUUUCAGCGUUAUAAGCUCGAGCCCUAACCACUGCGCCAAGCUUGCACUUUUCUUCCCAUUCUUCUUUUUUAAAGAUAUGAUUGGUGAGAUGAGAGAUAGAAAAGAGAAGAGAUAAUCAGCUUGAAGAAAAUUUGCAUAUUUUCAGUCUGACAAUUGUCAAAAUAAUACUUGAACGAGUAAAAGUUGAAACAUGAAACUUGGCACACAUAAAAUUAAGCGUAUUCUGAAGGAUAUUGAACAAUAAAAUCGGAGGGGCAGACCCUAGAACUCAAGGUGCACACCCGGUCCACUGAAGAGGCCUUUUUUGACUAGUUUAGGGGACCGGGUAUGCACCUCACUUCUGAGUCAUUAUUUCGUGUAGAACUGUUUAGAACUUUAUAUUAGAGGAAAUUUGCUAACUUUCCAUUCAAAAAUAUUCUAGAAAACCUUACUAAAAUGUCAUUUCCUUGAGGGGUGAAAAUGUGCAUUUUUUACAAAAAAAAUUUUUUUCGAAAUUGAAGGAAAUUCAAGAUUUGAUUUUCGUUUGUUCUUUAAAUCAAACUACUGACUUAAUUUAAGCCACUGACCAACGUGGUGGCCUCAAAUACUACCAGAAACUUUUCCAAAACGAGUUACAGUAAUUGCCAAAAAGAUGGAUACUUUUGAUUUUUGCUAUUAACCACUUAACCUUUUUCAAAUCAGGCACAAAUUUUUUUGAGCUAUUUGGGUCUGUAGUGCACACGAUUCUGAGAUAUUUUCUGAAACUUUUUUAGUGGUGGCCUUUCAGAUCAUUAAAGCUGAUUCUGAAAAUUUUCAGUUUUUUUAAAACUAACUUGAAAACUUCAAUUUUGCCACAAAUAGUAGUUUACUCAGCCUAUGCCUUAAUAUAUAUAUAUUUCACCUAUUAAUUCCAACUCUGAUACUACAUUUUCAUUCAUUAUGAGAUCUAUUCCGAUAGUUCCAGUGAGACCAUCUAGAAAAAUUGUUAUGACCCAAAAAAUCGAUUUUCAUGGCAUAUUAUUAUUGGAUUUUCGAUAAAACACUUCGAUUUGAGCAUGCCUAAUCCUAAACAUCAUUAUUGAAUCGAAACGCGAUGUAUUUUGUAUGAUUUUGACAUUGAUGGAAUUCGGAUGUUUCUCUCGAUCUUCGACUCGAGACCAUCGAGGAAAUCAAAAAUUGAUGGCCACCACGUUGUUCAGUGGCUCAAAUUAAGUCAGUAGUUUGAUUUAAAGAACAAACGAAAAUCAAAUCUUGAAUUUCCUUCAAUUUCGAAAAAAAAUUUUUUUGUAAAAAAUGCACAUUUUCACCCCUCAAGGAAAUGACAUUUUAGUAAGGUUUUCUAGAAUAUUUUUGAAUGGAAAGUUAGCAAAUUUCCUCUACUAUAAAGUUCUAAAAAGUUCUACACGAAAUAAUGACUCAGAAGUGAGGUGCAUACCCGGUCCCCUAAACUAGUCAAAAAAGGCCUCUUCAGUGGACAGGGUGUGCACCUUGAGUUCUAGGGUCUGCCCCUCCGAUUUUAUUGUUCAAUAUCCUUCAGAAUACGCUUAAUUUUAUGUGUGCCAAGUUUCAUGUUUCAACUUUUACUCGUUCAAGUAUUAUUUUGACAAUUGUCAGACUGAAAAUAUGCAAAUUUUUCUUCAAGCUGAUUAUCUCUUCUCUUUUCUAUCUCUCAUCUCACCAAUCAUAUCUUUAAAAAAGAAGAAUGGGAAGAAAAGUGCAAGCUUGGCGCAGUGGUUAGGGCUCGAGCUCAUAACGCUGAAAGUCGCUGGAUCGAUUCCUGCCAAGAGCAAUGGUGUUGCAAAAUUUUUAAAUUUUUUUUUGAGAACAAAAAAAAUUUUUUUUAAUGGAAGGCUUUCGCCUUCCAGACAAAAAUUAGGGUGUAUCACUCGCGAAUUUUUUUUUGAAAUAGGGUGUAUCACUUUGAGGUUCAGAGGGGAAGAUUGCGAUGUAUGGCCCCAUCCACCAGUAAGAUCGGAGCCUAAUUUACUUCUACCCUCUAAGUGUCCUUUCAUAAAACCAUACCUUGCUAACCGCGUCAUUCAGCUUUCUGCCAGUUCUCACUUUUAGAAUAGAAGUUAGAUAAAUAUAGAUUAGAAAACCACCGUUUCUAAUCUCGAUCAGAAAAAUUAAUGAGCGACAUAAACAAGGCAUCUCGUGGCAUACUCGAACUCGUCAUUCAGAACACGUUAUUCAAGACACGUUCUUUUUUUCGGCAUUCUCGUUUAUGAGCUAAAAAUUGAAUUUUGUUUAUUGAACUCAUUAUAUCUCUUGCAAUUGAUAUAGUUUGACUAUACAUAUCACAAAAAACUAGAUAUUCUGUGAAUUAUUUCGAAAAAUUGGUUGAUGACCUCAACCAGUGCAAGAUUCAAAUCGAUUUGUAUUUUACACCGUUUGAGAAAAAAAUCAAGUCAUAAAAAAUCACAUAACAAAAACAAACUUCAAAAAAAUAAAAAUAUAAAACAUAAUUUCAGCUUUAUUUUUACUAUCAUCAAGCGAAUUUUUGAUGAAAUGCCUUUUUUUCAUUUUUAAAUCAUUUUUCCCCAAGAUACUUGUCCAUAUCCACAAAAAACCCAAUAUAUCCCCCGUCUUGUCUCAAAGUUCUAACAACUUUUAGAAACAACAAAUGCCUAUUUCAUAUUUCAAAAAAAAAAAAGAAAUAUUAUCUCUCCCGACCUCAAAGUUUUAAAAAUAUUCUAAAACUUCCUUUCAAAAGCAUCCUCGAUUCAAAUGCAAAUCAGAACUCCCUCAGACUAAAACAUUACUACUCAAUCGAACCCAAAAAAAGAACUAACCUUUGAAAUUUCGAUUGUCAUCUCGCUCAAAAUUGAUGUAAAAUCAUCUCGAAUAUUUUCAUUCACGGCCAAUCUGAAAAAUAUUUUCAAUUUAAUGAAACUUUUGGUUGUAUUUUAUUGAUUCAAAACGAUAUUCCAAAAUAUUGGCGUCCAAACGAGAGAGAGGAGACAAAAAGAGAGUGAAAUCGCGCGUGAUCUAUCCACAGUGAUUUAAAAAAAAAUUGCGGGACUAGGUUAGGAAUUUUUUUAAUUUAACAAAAAAAAUAAUUUCGCGGUGUUUUAGUUGAAAAAUAACAAAUAAUCGUGAGUUUACUUGAAGAAAGGUGUGCAUAUUGGAAAGCUCUGAAGGGAAUAGACUUGUUGUGACAUGAUUAUUUUCGGUUUCAGUUUUGGAUAAAAUUUGAAAUCUAUAUAAUCUCUAGUUUUUUGUGAUUUAAAAUUUAUUUAUCAAACAUAGUUGGAGUAUAAUAAUCACGAAAAACGAGAUUCUAUAAACUUUAAAUUUUAUAAAUACAAAGCUGAAACCAAAAAUAAUCAUCUCACUACAAUCUUAGGUCUAUUACCUUCAGAGCUUUCCAAUAUUCACACCUUUCUUCAAGUAAACUCACGAUACAUUUUGAAAAAUUAAGGCCACAAUCCGAACGUUUUUAAAAAUCAGAAAUGAGCAAAAUGAUUCACGUCGAAUAAUCUAGGGCACAAAAGUAGGUCUAGCGGACAGGCACACCGUUUAAUAUAUAAGAAAGUUAGUCGCCAGUAAAUAGACGCACCACCAAAAAAAAUAGAGAUGGUAAAUGAGAGAGCAUAGAGAAUGGAGAGAGAAUUAGUGAGAGGAAGAAGACGUACUUUCAAAUAAAAAAAUUUAUAUACAAGGAGUUUUUAUAAAUUUAUAUACAAGGAGUUUAUUGAUCGAGUCAAAAAAUGUAGGAGAAUUUUAGUAAAUACUAUAUUGAAGAUCAGAUCUGUAAGCUGAAUCAGGUCGAAAAAAACUUAAAAUAAAAACGUUUUUUUACAAAAAAAAAUUAGUGUAGAAAAAACGUUUUUUUUUUAGUUUUUUUUCGACCUGAAUCACCCCAUAACAUGUAAAGAGAUGAAAUUCCUGUUUGUUUCAAACAUUUACUUCUAUUUUAGCGAGAAAAACACUUAAAAUCCACGAAAAACGCAGAAAAAAAGCCGACCGCCCAAAAAGAGAAAAAUAAAAAUGACUGCGCGUCAUAUAAAAUGCAUGCACACUUUGUUUUCUACAGUAGUCCUAGCAGUGAAAAAAUAGUUUUUGAUAGAUAUUUGCUGAAUCGAAAAUUUUUGUUAAAAAACGUUUUUUUUUAGUUUUUUUUCGACCUGAAUCACCUCAUGAUAGAGCCGAAAAUUCUACUUCCUAGCCGACAGAGAGUAACAUGUAAAGAGAUGAAAUUCCUGUUUGUUUCAAACAUUUACUUCUAUUUUAGCGAGAAAAACACUUAAAAUCCACGAAAAACACAGAAAAAACAGAAAAAAAGCCGACCGCCCAAAAAGAGAAAAAUAAAAACAACUGCGCGUCAUUUAAAAUGCAUGCACACAUUGUUUUCUACAGUAAUCCUAGAGAGAGCGAAAAUGUUUCAGUGAAAAAAAAAUGUUUAAAAAUGUCGAAAAAUAGGAAAAAAUAUCGUUUUUUGACAUUGGCUGAAUCGAAAUUUUAUUUAAAAAAAAACUUUUUUUUUUAGUUUUUUUUUCGACCUGAAUCACCCCAUAAAAUUAAAGUGUAAAUGCUUAUUCGGGAAUUAAAAAAAAAUCAAACUAAUUUUUUUCAGACUUCAAAAAGCAAUCACUCAUCAGGCUGGAAAAUCAUUCUCAUAUAAAUUCAAUUUCACUGGAUCUCCUGCUCCAAGGCUCAAGAUCCUUUUGAAGGGUGAACCCGUAUCAUUCGAUGUGAAAUAUGAAGUCUAUGAUAACAUUGUCUCUUUGUAUAUUCCAAAGCUGAAUAAGCGAGAAGGAGGAGAAUAUACAAUUGUGCUUGAAAACAAAUAUGGAAAAGACGAAACCACAUUGGAUAUUUCACUAGUUGAUACUCCUUUGAAACCAAGAAAAGCACAGUUGAUUCAUUUGACUGAUGUUUCAGCAUCAUUCCAAUGGAUUCCUCCACAUUCUGGUGAUUCGGAUAUUCUACAUUAUAUUGUACAAAGAAGAUCAACAGAGAGUCGAAGAUGGAGAAAUAUUGGACAUGUUCAAGACCUGAAAUACACUGCAGUUGAUCUUGUACCAAAUGAAUUCUACGCAUUCCGAAUUGUUGCUGUUAAUGGCUUUGGUGAAGGUGCACCAAGUGAUAUAAUCGAAGUGGAUACAUUAGAUUAUGAUCAAGAAGAAACUUUUGAUUUUGAAAAACGCAAUGAAACUCAAGAGUUACAAGAAAAAACUGAACCAAUUGAUGUUUCAAUCGAUGCCGAAGUCACUUCUGAAAUCAUUGUUGAUCAAGAACCAGAGAAGAAACAAGAGAAGAAAAUCAAAAAGAAACCUAAGAGAAUUGCAACUGAAACUGAAUCUGUCGAAGUUUCAUGUGAUGUCACAUCUGUGACAAUAGAGAAUGAGCAUGAACCUGACGAUCAAAAAGUCAUUGCGGAUUCUGAGAGUGUUGAAGCAGUGGUUCCAAUCGAAGUUGAAUCAAAGAAAGUUUCAGGAAAGAAAUUGAAAAAAGUUGCGAAGACUGACACCGAAAAGAAGCCAGACGAAACUUUAGUUAACAAUGAGGAAGUUAUUCAUGAAGUUCCUGAAGCUCAAUUAGAAAAAUCAAUGAAAGAACCAGCUGUAAAAGAUGAAGCAUCGGUGGAGAAAAUUGCAGAAAAGAAGUUUAAAAAACCGACCAAACCCAAAUCAGAGAAAAAAGAGGAAGUUUCUCCUGUGCAGGAUGGAAGUAAAGAUCAAGAUGUUACUGAAGACAAAUCGAAGACUGAUUCAGUGAAGAAAUCCAAUGAUGAGAUAUUAGAAGUUGAAGUUAAACAAAAAGAAUCUGAGACUGAAACAAUUGUUGAGAACAAAUUGGAUGAUAAGUCCAAAACUCAAGACAAAACACCGAAGAAGAAAUCCAGCAAAGAUUCUGAAGUUCUUGCUGAAAAAGAUGAUACAAAAUUAAAGAAGAUUGAUGAAAAGGAUUCAAAGGCACCUGUAAUCCCUGCAGAAGAUUUGAAAAUUGAGAAAACUCCGGAGAAGAAUCUGAGAAGAGGUUCUAAAUCCGACGCAGAGAAAACAUCUGGAACACCAGUGGUUAAUGAUGAGAAAAAAAUUCAACAAACUUCUGAGAAGGCGCUGGAUGAAAAAUCUGGAAAACCAUCAGAGGCGGAGAAAAAAUCGACAGUUUUAUCAGGAAAAGAUGAAACGAAGAUCGAGAAAACUCCAAAAGAAAAAUUCAGUGAAGUAAAGACAACAAAAGAACCUGAAGUUUCUGCUAAAAUAGAUGAGCCGAAAAUUAAGGAGACAACAGAAAAGAAGUUGAGAAGAGCUUCGAAAGUUGACUCAAUAAAGGACUCCGAAAAACAAUCUGUGAAAGAGGAUACAAAGAUCACAAUUGUUGAUGAAAAGGAAUCUGAAGUUCAAGCUCAAAAGAAGGAAAUUAGUAAAGUUUCUGAACCUGAGGUGCCAACAAAAUCAGAUACUUCUGCAAAGAAGAUGAAAAAAAUAGAUGCGGUGAAAGAUGAGCCAAAGGAAAAAGAGAAAAAAUCUACAAUUUCAUCAGAUAAGAAUGAAGAAAAGAUUACUGAAGCAAAGGUUAUCAAAGAAGCCGAAGUUACUGCGAACAAGGAAACGUCUGAAGUUGAGAAAACACCAGAUAAGAAAUUGAGAAAAGUUUCUAAAUCUGACAUUGUGAAAGACGAACCCAAGCCUAAAGAUACUGUUUCCAAACCUUCUGAAGUAUCUAAAGUUGCGACAGAAAAAGAAAAGGCCAAGAAAAUCCCAGAGGUAACUGAUUCGAAGAUUGAACCAUCGAAGAAACCUGAAGUGACAGUUGAUCGAAAUUUGGAUGAAGAGCCAAAAAUUCAAACAGAAGUAGAAUCCAAGAAAACUCCGGAGAAAAAAUUGAAGAAAUCAUCAAAAGCUGAAUCGGAAAAAGUUUCCGAAAAUAAAUUGAGUGGAGACUCUGAAAUCGCUGUCAAACAAGAUGAAACAAAAAGCAAGAAAAAUGAAGAGGAAAAAUCUAAAACACUUGAUAAACCAUCAGAAUAUAAAUUGGAAGAAAAAACUGUGGUCAAAAAGGAUACGAAGAAAAUCAAAAAGGUUUCUGAAGAAAUUGAAUCGGCUGAGGAUAAAACAUCAGAUGUUGAAUCAAGUGUAACUAUAAAAUCGGAUUCGAAAAUAACUGAAGAUACCAAAGAACAAUCUGAAUCUGCUACUAUCAAACUCAAAUCUGAUUCUGUCGACGAAAAAACUGAUGAGAAACCGGAAGAACCCCGAAGAAAAUCAAUUGUGAAGAAAGUUAAAAAAGCGAAAAAAGUGGAAGAUGUUCAAACCGAUGCCGAUAUCAAACUACCUCAACAAGAAAGUGCGGCUGAAACACAAGAAGAUUCUGAAACAUCUUCAACUAUCAAACUUAAAACUGAAGAAGAAGAAGAAAUUGUUCCGGAUUCAGUUUUCACAUCUCAUCCACAACCAGUUACCGUAACUUCAAUUUCCGAUGAGGUCAAAUUUAGUGUGAGAUAUUCGAAAAAACCAAUUUAUGUUAAAUGGAUGCGUGGUGAUCGCGAAAUUCGAAUUGUCUAUGGUAAAACAUCAGUUGAAACAACAGACGAUUCAUCAGUUUUAACCAUAAAAAAUAUUGAUGAAAAAGAUAUUGGAGAUAUCUACGCCGUAUUUGAUAAUGAACAAAAAUCAAAUUUCGCUCGACUCGAUAUUAAAAUUCCAUGUAAAAUCAAUAUUGAUUCCAAACUUCCUCAAUCAAUCAUUGCUGACAAGAAUCUGGAUAUCAGUUUGAAAUUCGAAGGUUAUCCCCGACCAACCAAAGUUGAACUUCUUCAUAACAAUGAAAAUCUUCGCGUUCGAGCUGAUGUUACAGAUUAUGAUGAUAUCAUUUCAAUUCGGAUGAAACGAGUUAAAGUUUCCGAUAGUGGAGAAAUCAAAAUUCGCAUCGAAAACUCGGAUAGCAAUGAUGAAUUGGUUAUUCCUAUUUCUAUCAUUGAUGUUCCAAGCAAACCCGUAAAAUUAGAAAUUGUGGAAUGUUCCGAAGAUCAAAUAACAUUAAAAUGGCAACAACCUCAAAACAUUAAUGGUUAGUUUGAGAGGAUAAACCAGAAAUGAAGCUUACCUUACAAUUAGAAGUUCAAUCGCCCUAAGAAUAAUUAUUUUUACUUAAAAAGGAUCACUAAAAUUCAAGAUUAGCUUCAUUUCUAAUUCUAGCUCUCCAAUUACAGUUUCAAUAAUUUUCCAAUUUUCAGGAGGAGAAGUCAUUGAAUAUUUUGUUGAAAGAAAAUCGGGCGAAUCUUCAAGAUGGCGAAACUCAUGCACCAUUUCAGACACCAAAGCAACAAUCACUGGAUUAUUCUCUGAAACUGAUUAUGUGUUCCGUGUGACCGCAAUAAAUGCAGCUGGAGAAGGUGAACCAAGUGAAACAAUUGAAAUAACUACAAAGAAUGCCGAAGGUUAGUUGUUAUUUUUUAUUGGGUGCCUAUUAUUAUUUAUUUGCUGAUCACUACUACAGACACUGCUACAAGAUUCCUCUCUUUCAUAUUUUUCAUUUCGCAAAAAAGAUCGUCGCCCCCGCGCAAUAUUGACAUUAUCUAUCUCGCAAAGCCGCCUGUUUAGUUUAGUUUCGUUCGUCCUCUCAUUCAUUUAUUGUAUUCUAUAUCUCAUUAUUCCUCAUUUCAAGAAUUCCUCAUAAUUCAUUAUAUUAUUUUAUUUAGUUGUUGUUCAAUAUUUUCUUUUUCAUUUUUUCUGUCUGAAUUGUUUCACACAUCCAAAUAGAUAUUAGAUAUGUUUGCUCAACGACAUCUCAUAACAACAAACACACCAAAAAUCACGAAACUUUUUUUUGCUUACAAAAUUCUGACAAAAUUACUGAAUUUUCACGAAAAAUUUGAUAUAAUAAUUUCUGAUGUUCAAGUGUAUGUGUGUUCAGAGAAUGCAAAAACACGAGAAAUUUUCAAUUGUGGUGAAGCACUUGACAUUCUUGCGAUUUAUGUUCUUUGUAUCUCUUGAUCCAUAAAAAUGUGUUAUUUUAUACAAAGUCAGAUUUAUAAGGUUUCUGCAAAAUAUUGAUUGAGCAAAAUUAUUACUCGGUCAGAAAACGGCGGGGUCGCUACCAAUCGGGGCGGAGUCGCUACACGUUUCGGGGAACAAAAAACGUGUAGCGACUCCGCUCCGAUCGGUAGCGACCCCGCCGUUUUCUGACCGAGUAGUUUUGAUAUAUAAGAUUUUUUUUAAUUGUGAAUAAUUCCAUAGCAUUGUUUAUUUAUUUUUCUCAAAUUUGAUUUUCUCACGCUCUGUUUUUGUUGUUUUUGAGCAACAUGGAAUUUCAACGAAAAAAUCCAGAUGUUUUUUUUGAAUAUGAGCAAUUAUUUCAAGAUUCAAAAACCAGGUUUCAAAAAAAAAAUUAGUUCGAGCUCAUGAUUUUUUCAUUCUCAAAAACACUUACAAGGAAUGGUUUUCAAUGUUCCCCCAUGGAAAAAAUCGAGAGUAUGUGGAAUGUUGAGGGUUCCCGUGGGUAAGAAAAACCCUAACGGGAAUAAGGAGAAAAAUGCCUUAUUCUCGAGAAAAAAUGUAUUUUAGGUCGAUUUUUACACCAUUUUUUGAUUUUUAGAGCAUCUGUAACUCGAUUUUGAAUCUAUUUCAUGAACUUUUGAGUCGUGGAAGUUGUUCAGAAUGGUCGAUUACGUGUUUGUGAAACUUUUUAUCAAAAAAUUAGACAUUUUUUGAAAUUUGGUUUUUUCAGUCGGGGUUUUUCUGAUCAAAUGGUCACCAAAAAACACAAAAAAUAAUUUUUUCCAUUUUCAAAUGAACGGAACUUGAAAAAUUUAUGACGGUCAACAGACGUAAUUUGGUCCGUAGAAUCCAAAAAUCAUAGUCUCGAUUCACACAAACUUCUCCUUCACAACGAAAACGUUGAUUUUCUAUGAAUUUUUCAAACUGGAUUUUUGAUUUAGUGGACUUUUGGGACCAAAAUUAUUUUAUUCCUAAUUUUAGUGGAAGUAAUAUUAAAGUACGCCGUUUGCGCUACAAAUGGAUUUUUAGACUGACUUUUUUCAUCAAUUUUGAAAAAAAGUUUCGAUUUUUCUAAAAAAUUUCAUCGCAAAAAUCAAUAACACCAAAAUUUUCUAAAACAAGGCAUUUUUCUCCUUAUUCCCGUUAGGGUUUUUCUUACCCAUGGGAACCCUCAAAAUUCCAUAUACUCUCGAUUUUUUCCUUGGGGGAACAUUGAAAACCUUUCCUUGUUAAUUAUAUUUUUGAAACAUAGUUUUUAUACAGAAUUCUGCAUUUUUCGAAAUGAAUUUUUUCCUCUGAAAAAAUUAAAUUUUUUCUAGUCUGAUAAAAUGCUCAAACAUCAAAAAUUCUCCCGAAAUCUUCGCAGAGAACAGAAAUUUCAUAUAAUAAUAUAAAUCAAGAAAAAGUCAACAACAAUGCAAACAAAAUCAUCCGGCGGUAAUUUUCAAGAAAAAAUCGAUACAACACCUUAUGUUUUACUAGUAAAUACUACAAUUUUUCAAAAAUCCAUUUUUUCAUCUCUCUCUUUUUUUGUAACAAAAUAGUUUCUUCUUCUUCUUCUUUUUUCCAAUUUCUACUCUCGUACACAAGUCCUGCUUGACAAGAAGAAUUUAGAGUUGUUAAGUAUGUGUCAACACGUGUUCCAUCAAUACGCAUUUCUCGCACAAAUCCUUUUAUCACUUUUUCUAUCUUUCAGAUCAACAAUCAGUUGAAGAAGAUGAGCAAAGUCGUGAGUUUGACUACGAAAAAUCUGAUUUAGAUUCUGAAUCUGAAUUGCAUGUUUGUGUUUGUAUUGCAUGCUAUGAAAAAAGUUUUAAAAAAUAAUUUCAGGUUUUCUGUGUCAGCAGGUAGUUUUUUUUCUGUUUUUGGGUGGGAGGGGUCAACAAGAAUUGAUACAUUUUUAUUUUUACAGUUACCGCUAAAAAGUCUACCGACAAAAAUGAUGCUGAAAAACGAAAAGAUCGCAAAGGUACUUGACUUCUUAUUUUUUUAUUCUAUUUUUUUCUGAAAAUUGAUUUUUCAGAGAGUGAAGAUGGCCAAGAAAAAGAGCAAGAUGAUAAAAAUACAAGACCAAAGACUGAAGAAAACACCAAUAUCGAUUCAACUUUCAAUUCACCUGAAGAAUCUGGACACACUGAGAAACAAAUGAAAAAAUCGAAUAGAAAGAGUUUGACAAGAAGUUUGAAUAUUCGAGAAUCUGAUGUUGACGCUGAUGUUGUUGAAGAAAAAUUGGAAGAAGAAGCUGAUGUUUUGGAAAAUAUAUCUGAGAAAGAUCUGAGAAACUAUUUGGAAGUUAUUGAUUUGAACAAAAGUCUUGAAAAUUCCACUGAUGAACUUGAAGUUUCAAAAAACAUUGAUGAACAAACCGCGGAAUCUACUACAUUGGCAUCGCAAACUUUGAAGAAGAAAAUAAUCAAAAAAGGUGUUGCUGAAGAAUCUGUUGAAUUAACGAAAACUGAAGAUAAUAAAGAUGGAGAUGCCAUUUCGAUAAGAACCAUCAACAAAAAUAUAAAAUCAAAACAAAACAAAGAUGAAAAUGUUUCUCUUGGGAAUAUUGAUUCGGUAAAUGAUGAGACAAGUUUAGCAAUCACUCAAGCAAACGAAAAUAUUUCAAAACAUGAAAAUCUAGCUCAAACUUCCGGAGAAAUUGAUGCAAGUAAUGAAGAGAAAGAUAAUUUGAAUAUCAUUGAUAAAAAUAUCAAAUUGGAAAAUGAAAAUGAAAAUCAAGACGCCCAAAAAAGGUUUGGCGAUGAUGAGAAAAACAAGGAAAAAUUCUCGAUGGCAGUUCAAGAUUCAACGAAAAAAAGAAAGAAAAAACAAGAAGAAGCUGAAACAACACAUUCAAUAUCCGAAAAAGAACAUGAUGAUGAUAAAAUGGAAAUAAAAACAACCAAAAAAUCUUUGAAGAAUAAAAAACAAGAAAAUGAAGAAACCGAAUUGUCAAACACUGAAAAACAAAAUGAACAACAAUCAUUAUCAGAUAUAACUUUGAAUGCGAAAAAAUCAUCUGGAAAAGAAGAAAACGAAGAAAUUAUUCAUGAAACUUCUUUGUCUAACUCUGAUGCUGACAACUUUUCAGAAGUCACACUCAAAUCGAAGAAAUCAAAAUCUAUUAAUCAACAUGAGGAUACUGAAGUGAACAAAGCUCCGAAACUAGCAGAAAUCACAUCUUUCUCUGAAAUUACUUUGAAUUCAAACAAAUCUCAAGAAUUCGAUGGAGAUAUUGAAACGUCUGGAAGUUUUGGAAUUCCAACUUCAACCGAUGAUUCAUUCUCUGAAGUCACCUUGAAAUCCAAGAAAAAAUCAACAAAAAAAGAAGAUAAAUCAAUCUCGAAUGUUAUUCCAUCGAAAAACACAGAUUCUUCAGCAAUGGCAGUCACACAAAUCAGUGCAGAAUUAGAAUCAAAAGAAAGUUCAAAUGGUUCAUCCGAUCAUGCUGUUGCUGUCAACAAUCACGAUAAAACUUCACUAACAACAAGAACUCGUCAUGUUAGUUUUGAUGCAUCCGCAAAACAAGAAUCUGUAGAUGAUAUUAUUCCCGAAAAACAACUCGAAAAUGAUCGAUUGGCUAUUCGUGGAAUGAAAAAGAAAUUGACAAGAUCAGACGAAUUCGAAGAAGCCUCUUUGACCGGCGAUGAGAGAAUUGAAGAUGAAAAAACAUCAUAUGAGGAGAAGAAUUUGAAAAUCAAGAAAAAGAAAGUUCCAUCAAAAGCGAAUGUUGAAACAACUCAAUCAGAAAAUAUUAAUGAUUCUGAUGCAAAUCUCUCCAUCACUACCAAAAAUCAAAAAUUGAACAAGAAGGACGAAGAAGAUGCAGUUCAAACAAGUCUAAAACAUCCAUCGCCUAUUAAAAAAACAAAAACAAGUUAUGCUGAUAAAAGUUUAACAUCUGAACUUGAUAAAAUGCUGGAAACGGAAGAAAUGACCGAGAGAAAAUUCGAUAUUGAUGCAAAAGAAUCUGAUCAAUUGAACAUUAUUUCUGAUAAAAAACAUUUGGAAAAAUCAGACGAAUCUGAAUCAGCAAGUUUGACAAAUAAAGAUGAGUCAGAAAAGGAUAGUUUGGCUGUUGGAAUAGCUUCUGAAGAUUUCGAAAAAUCAGAGGAAUCGGAACAUGCCUCAACUUCACUGGAAAACAAACCAGGAGAAACCACAAGUUAUGGAGAAAAAACAUCGAAUAUUCGAAAGAAAAAGAAGAAGGAUGCUAAUGGUGCAGCCGAAAAACAAUUCAAUGAAUCAACAAAAGAAACUGAUUCCCUCGAUGUUAUUGAUACCAACAAAGUUUUGAGUCCAAAGAACGAAAGUGAAUUAUCAGCUCUGGAAAAUAUCCCAAAGAGUGAGAUCGAUAAAGUUAUUUUGAAUAUUGAACAGUCCGAAGAUGUUAUGAAUAAAAACGAGAUUGAAAUUUCGACAUUUGGCCAAAUAGAUCUUGUCGAUGAAAAGUCUGUGAGCUUGGAAGAAACCAAGAAAAAGAAACCACAGAAAAAGUCAGCCUCGAAAAUUGUUGGAGACAAAAAAUCUUCAGAUGUGUUGGCGGUGACUAAUUCAGAACAUAUCAUUUCAGAACAUGAUGAGGAAUCGGAAACAACAAAAUCAAUAAAUAAUGAUAAACUCAAAGAUUCUUUGGAUGUUCAAACAACUGAAACUGAUUUGGUCAAAGGAUCUGAAGAUCUUGAAGUUUCUAAUAAUUUAUCGAACAAAAACAAAGAUGUGGAUUCAAUGAACUUGAUAACAAAACAAUUGGAAUUCGACAAUGCUUCUCAAAAUGAAACGGCUGAGAAAAAUAAAAAUCAAACAUCUACAGAAAGCGAUUCGUUGGAAGUUCUAUCUUUAACAGAAAAUCUUCGAGAAAAAGAUAAAAAAUUAGAAACCGAGAUUGAUAUGAAACUUUCAGAAAACGCCAAAGACUCUUUGCACACCAAAAAAACGAAACCGAAACUUAAGAAAAAUGAAGAAAAAGCCAAUAUUUCAUCAACAAUCGGAACAUCGAAUAUUGGUGAAUCAGAAAAAUUAUCACUCAAAAAUGUUGAUAUUGCAAUUGAAAACGAUGAGAAAAAUGAAAUCGGUGAGGUGAUUUCUUCUGAUAAUUCCAAAACAAAACUAACGACAAUAGAUGUGGACCAAGAUUUAGACAGAACUAGUGAAUCGGCGGAGACAACACAAGAAAUUGGAAUUAAUAAUGAUCAAACACAGUAUGACGAGAAGAGUUCGAAUAUUGAAUUGACAAAUGAUUUCGUAGUUCAAGAUGCAGAACAAGUUAUUUCUAAAGAUUCUUCAAGGCUCGAUUUGAAAAUAAAAACUCCGAAAAAACAAAAACAGAAAAAAGAUGAAUUGGAAAAUCAAUCAAUUUCCACUGAUGAACACAUCGAAGCAAGUGAAAAAGAGAAAGAAAAAAUGGCAGAAACUGUUAUCAAAAUUGAAGAAGAACCAAUUAAUGAUUCAUAUUCAGAAGUCAAGAAAAAAUCAAAUUUGAAGAAGAAAAAACAAGAAAAAGCUGGAACUUCAGACACAUUAUCUGCUCGACAUGAAACAACAAGUCUAUCGGUUGCAGAUUCAGGAAUAUCAGUUGAAAAUGAGAAAAGUAUCGAAGAUAAUAAAACAUCACUCAUAUCUAGUUUUGAGAAAUCUGGUGAUAAUUUAUAUGCUUCAAAACAACACGAAGAAAAACCAAAAGCGGGAGUAACAUUUGCCGAAAAAACUACACAUUUCCAACUUUCCGGAGAAGAACAACACGAUGAAGUUGAAGAAAAUGAUGGAAAAUUAAAAGAAACCGAUGAAUUUUCAACAUCCGACACCGAUUUCUGGUUGAACAAUAAAAAAUCAGUUGAUGAAUCAACAGAAGUAAAACGAGAAUUAACAUUGAAAAUAUGCGAAACAGAAACUAUCGAAGAAACUGAUUCGGAAGCUGAACAAACUGGUGAAUCUAGUAGUGGACCACCGAAAAGAAAAAAGAAAUUCAUAAUUUCUGCCAUUUCUCAGGAUGGAGAAUUCAGCGAUGCUGAAAGUAUAACUUUUGAUGAACAAGGUGUUCGAGUUGAGAGACGAAGAAGAAGAAAGAAGGAUGGUCAGAAUGAAAAUUCACUUGCUUUGAGAAUUCCAGCAUUUGCCAAAAAGAUGCAAUAUAUUGGAUGCAUUGAAGGAGAUCUAGUGACAUUCUCAAUUAAAAUUGUGGCCGACGAAGUCCCAUCGGUGAGUUAUUAAAGAAGAAAAAAAAAUAAAUAUUUGAAAAUAAUUUCUAUUUUUUUUAGCUUCGAAUGUAUCGAAAUGACUUCCCGGUUGCAAACUUCGAAAAAAUGAAAUUUGAUGGUUUUACAACCGGAACAAUGCAUACUUUCAAUGUUGCCAUCACCGAUAUCGAUAAAGCUGACGGUGGAAAAUUGGUAUUUGAAGCGAAAAAUGAUUAUGGUGUUGAUAAAUGCACAAUUCUUCUUGAUGUUAGAGAUUCUGGUUCAUUUAUUGAUGAUUAUACUGAAGAACAUGUUUCUGCUGGUAUUUUGGAACCAAUUGGAGAUGUUCAUGUAAAAGAAGGAGAAGUUGCUACGUAAGUUAUUACUAUUUUUUAAAGCAAUCCUGAAUGACUUUUUAGAUUGACCGGAAAAGUAGAGGGCUAUCCAUUACCGGAAUUAAUUUGGAUCAAAAAUGGAAAGGAGAUUGAUAUGAUGGCACCGUCCACAAAAUAUCAGUUGGAAUAUCAUUCUGAUGGAGAAUUUGAAGCAAGAAUUGCUGACUGUGAUUUUCCAAGAUGAUGAUGAUUAUAGUCUUCUGGUUGAAAAUCUUGCCGGAGUUGAUAGUUGUAAUUUCCAAGUUGUUGUUGAAUGUUCUGAAUAUCCAGAUGAUGAGCAUUUCAAUCGUCGUAGAAGACUUCAAAGAGGUCGGCGUAUUAUCGAAGCAUCUUCUGAUUCCGAAUUAGAUGAUGCAAGACGAAAAAAGAAGCGACGAACCAAAAAAGUUAUUGAGAGAAAGAACCCGAACGCCCCACGAUUAACACAAUUAAUCCCACCAAGAUUCGACAAAAUCUUAUCCGAUCACGAUGCAGUUGUUGGAGAGAAUGUUAUUAUGAUGGUUGAAACACUUGGAGAACCAGAACCACAAGUUCGAUUCUAUCGAGACGGAAAAUUAUUGGAUGAUAGUAGUGGUGAAAAGGUUGGUAGAUCUACUUAUUAAAGUAGAUUUUUUCUCGAAACAAAAAAAUUGUUUCAGCUCGAAAUUCGUCACGAGGAAGAAAUGCGAAAACAUUGGUUGAUAUUGAAAGAUAUUUGCAAAGAUGAAGAGGCUGAAUAUGCGUGUCAAGCAAUUAAUGUAGCUGGAGAAGCUUGGUGUUUUAGUGACGUCAUUGUCCAUAUGUCUCAAGGUGUUGUUUUGUCCAUGUCUUUUGUCCAGUCAUCUAUGUUUGUUGUAUUCAAGAUUCAGAAACCAUAAUCAGAUAUCGUUUUCUCCGUUAUUUAACAUCCAAUAUUAAAUUUUCAGAAUCGAAACUUGAAGAUGAACUCAAGGCUGAAACUGCAAAAGCUAAGCAAGACGAACCUUCUGCUGAUGUUGAUAAGAAAAAGAAAAAGGUUGUGAAAAAAGUGAAAGAAACAGAAAAAUCUGAGAUUUCACAAGAAGAAACCAAGAAAGAUGAUCAACCUUCUGAAGAAAAUGUGAUAAUUGAGAAGAAGGAUGAAGCCAAAGAAACUAAAAAGGAAAAAGAACAAGACAAGAAAUUCGAUUUCCCUACAACUGAAAAUGUCGAAGUCAAAUCAGAGGAGAAAAAGAAAAUCAAGAAACCUGUCAGAAAACCAACCGAAGCACCAAAAGAAAAACCAGUGCAAAAACCAGCUGAGCCAGUAAAUGAACCAACAAAGACAGUUCCAUCAAAAGAAUCGACACCAGAAGCAGAAAAGAAACAGAAGAAGGUAAGUUAGAGGGUUGCGAAUUGAAAAUUUUCCUCGCCUAAAAUGAUGGCUGUUUUCGACCGUUUACCAAAAAUAUUGAUUUUUCAGAUUCCAAAAGCCUUGUUCAUCCCAGAUGAAAUAUCUUCAAGAUUUGGUGAUCCAAGUAUCAUUCAUUCUGAAACAAAUAUUAGCACAACUGUUCGUGGAAGAGAAAAGAGUGCCGAUGCUAUCACACCAUCAAUUCCAGAACCAUUGUCAGCUAGUGUUACUAUGAAAGUAUGUUAUAUUUUCAUAAAAUCAUUUUUCAAAUUAUAAAAAAUCAAAUUCAGGUCGGAAGCGCUAAAGAAAAAGCCGAAUUCAGUUUCAAGAAGCGUUCAGAAACACCUGAAGAUAAAAAUCGUAAAAAAGAAGGACUGCCACCAAAAUCAUCGAAAAAAGUGAGUGUUAAUUACCCAAUUCCCAAUUUUAUGUUGAACCCUGAAUGCAAAUCGCACAUUCAAUCCUAUCAAUCCCAUUUUCCCCUUAUGCACACCCCUUUUUCUUUAGGAUGAUGAUGAUGAAAAUGUUGCUGUUGAGGAUGGAAAGAAACCCGAAACAACAAAGAAAUCUGUUGAACCCGCAACCCAAGAUGUUGAAUCAGAUAUUAGUUUGCAACUAAAAACAUCUGAACAAGAAGAAAAAGUUGAACCAUCUGAUUCGACAACGGUGAAAUUGAGUAAGAAAGAGGAGAAAUCUGGCACUGACGCGAAAACCAAGGACGAUGAAUCAGUAGAACAAUCAACGAAGAAGUUGAUCAAGAAGAAAACGGAAAAAUCAGAUUCCGUAAUUAGCGAAAAGUCGGCUGAAUCUACAAAACCAACCAAAUCAAAAGUAACCGAUUCUGAAGCAAAAGAUUUAUCAAAUAAAUCUGAACCAGUUGCAACAAAAGUUCUGGAUGAUUCGAAGGUUAAAUCUAGAAAAGAAUCGAUCAAACCAACAGUGGACAAUAAGAGAGAAGAUGGACCAAGUGAGACUAACUUAGAAACAAAAUCAUCAGAAGAAGUUGAAAAGCCGAAGAAAAAAUUGAUUAAGAAAAAGACGGAGAAAUCUGAUUCAGUAAUCAGCGAUAAAUCUUCUACUGGAAAACCGAACGAAGGUGAUUCAAUUGCAACAUCUGACAAAAAUAAGGCUGGAGAACAAGACGCCCAAGAUCGAGCUGAUAUUAUGAAAAAAUCGGAAGCUGAGGCUAUUGCCAAGAAACAAAAGGCCGAGAAAGAGAAAUCUGAGUCUGAGGCUAUUGCGAAGAAACAAAAAGCUGAAAAAGAAAAAGCUGAGAAGGAAAAAGUUGAAGCUGAGGCCCUUGCCAAGAAACAAAAAGCUGAAAAGGAAGCAAAGGAAAAAGUUGAAGCUGAGGCCCUUGCCAAGAAAGAAAAAGCUGAAAAAGAAAAAGCUGAGAAGGAAAAAGUUGAAGCUGAGGCCCUUGCCAAGAAAGAAAAAGCUGAAAAAGAAAAAGCUGAAACUGAGGCUCUUGCCAAGAAACAAAAGGCCGAGAAAGAGAAAUCUGAGUCUGAGGCUAUUGCGAAGAAACAAAAAGCUGAAAAGGAAGCAAAGGAAAAAUCUGAAGCUGAAGCUCUCGCGAAGAAACAAAAAGCUGAAAAGGAAGCAAAGGAAAAAGUUGAAGCUGAGGCCCUUGCCAAGAAAGAAAAAGCUGAAAAAGAAAAAGCUGAAACUGAGGCUCUUGCGAAGAAACAGAAAGCUGAAAAGGACGCCAAGAUUAAAGCUGAAAAAGAAAAAGCUGAAGCUGAGGCCCUUGCCAAGAAACAAAAAGCCGAGAAAGAAAAAGCUGAGAAGGAAAAAGUUGAGGCCGAGGCUCUUGCCAAGAAACAAAAAGCUGAAAAAGAAGCAAAGGAAAAAUCUGAAGCUGAAGCUCUCGCGAAGAAACAAAAAGCUGAAAAAGAAAAAGCUGAAGCUGAGGCUCUCGCGAAGAAACAAAAAGCUGAAAAGGAAAAAGCUGAAGCUGAGGCCCUUGCCAAGAAACAAAAAGCUGAAAAAGAAGCAAAGGAAAAAUCUGAAGCUGAAGCUCUCGCGAAGAAACAAAAAGCUGAAAAAGACGCCAAGAUUAAAGCUGAAAAAGAAAAAGCUGAAGCUGAAGCUGAGGCCCUUGCCAAGAAACAAAAAGCUGAAAAAGAAGCAAAGGAAAAAUCUGAAGCUGAGGCUCUUGCCAAGAAACAAAAGGCCGAGAAAGAAAAAGCUGAAAAAGAAGCAAAGGAAAAAUCUGAAGCUGAAGCUCUCGCGAAGAAACAAAAAGCUGAAAAGGACGCCAAGACUAAAGCUGAAAAAGAAAAAGCUGAAGCUGAGACCCUUGCCAAGAAACAAAAAGCCGAGAAAGAAAAAGCCGAGAAAGAAAAGGCUGAAAAAGACAAAGCUGAAGCUGAGGCUCUUGCCAAAAAACAAAAAGCCGAGAAAGAAAAAGCUGAAAAAGAAAAAGCUGAAGCUGAGGCACUCGCGAAGAAACAAAAAGCUGAAAAGGAAAAAGCUGAAAAAGACAAAGCUGAAGCUGAGGCUCUUGCGAAGAAACAAAAGGCCGAGGAACAAGCUAAAAUCAAAAAAGAUUCUGAAGCCAAAAAGACUGCAGAAGACGUUCAAGUGAAGAAGGACGAUCAAGCUAAAGCUGAAUCCGUAGAGAAAUUGGAACAAGUUGCCAAAAAAGAAUCUGAUAAGCCAUCUGCAGAUGCUGAGAAACCAAAGAAAAAAUUAGUGAAGAAAAAGACGGAGAAAUCCGAUUCUGUGGUCAGUGAUAAAUCAUCAGUCAAGCAAGAAAUCGAUUCUACAAAACCAAACAAAUCUGAUGAGGCGGAAGUUUCACAAUCAUCCGACAAGAAAACUAGCGACAAUGAUUCAAAGGUGAAACAAGAACCAACAACAAAACCACCAGCUCCAACUGAAGAGCCAAAGAAAAGAGUUAUCAAAAAGAAAACUGACAAAAGUGAAAGUGAAGCGAGUUUGGCAGAUGUUUCAAAAAUUAGUGAAUCUACUGAAGAAACCGAAAAACCAAAGAAGAAAGUAUUAAAGAAGAAGACUGAGAAAUCAGAUUCGGUAAUCAGCGAAACAUCUUCUAUUGCAACAAUCAAAGAAGAACCAUCUACAAAACCAGCCGAAAAUGGUUCUGAUUCGGCAUUGGAUACAACAACAACAGAUGCAGAAGUAUCAAAAUCAUCCGAUUUCACAUUGAAUCAAGAGCAAAAAACAGUUGAAGAAGAUGUUGCUGCAAUAAUCAAGAAAAAACAAAGUCUUGUUUUCAGUGAUGGCGAGGAAAGUGUUUCAAGUAAAACAUCUUCGGAAGGAAGAAGAAGACGAAGAAGAACCGGAUUUGCAUCAACAUUUGCAAAUGAAACACGAGCAAUGAGUGGAGAUAAUGUUGAAAUUGAAAUCGAAUUAGUGAAUGAAGAUGAUUCUGUAACUUGGCAAGUUAAUGGAAAAGAUAUCGGAAAGAAUUCAAGAUAUCAUCAAUCGGCUCAUUCAUUCUUCCGAACACUUAUUAUCGAUGAUGUCAAACUUGAAGAUUCUGGAAUGAAAAUCACGGCAACGUGUGAAGAUCAAACAUGUUCAACUGUUUUGAAUGUAGAAGAUGUUCCAACCGAUUUUGUGAAACUACUUCCAAGAAAAUCGACUGGAAAAGAAGGACAAGAAUUAACAAUUUCUGUUACUUUGAAUCAUCCAAUUGAUGUUAGUCAAGUUGUUUGGUUUAAGAAUGGAAAACCAUUGGAAAUCUCACAAGAUUAUUCAAUCGAUUCAAUCGGAUGUUCAGUUUCAUUAACAUUGAGACGAGCAAAAUACGAAGAUUCCGGAAAAUACACUGUCAAGUGUGAUGGUGUCGAAUGUAGCACACAUUUGACUGUUCAAGGAAAACCAGUAUUGAAAAAUGUGAAAGAUGAGAAACCAGUUAUUCAGGCAAGUGUUGUUAUCCUUAUACACAAUCAAACCCUUUUUUGUUUGUUUCUCCUUUCAAAAGUAUGAAUUAUCCAGAACCUUUUAGAUGCUAUCAACAUGAAAAAAUGUUCUUCAAAGAAUAUUUUUCGUGUUGACUGUAAAUUUUCCAAUUACCUCAAAAACUUUCAUUUUUCAGGUGGACAAAGAUGAAAAAUUGUCAAUUCAUGUUCCUUAUGAUAGUAAUCCUGAAGCUAGUUUCACAGUGUCAAAAGAUGGAAGCGAUCUUGAAUUUGACGGUCGAACUCGUAUUGAUAUGGUAGAUGAUGGAAUCAAAUUAUCAAAGCGUGGUGUCACUAAAGCUGAUGCUGGUGAAUAUGAAUUGAAAUUGAAAAAUGAAUUCGGAGAAGUAUCACAGAAAUUUGAUGUCCAGGUAGGUAAAAACGCAGGACAGACCCUAGUAUCAGUUGAGCCCUCCUAUAAAAUGGCAAACUACGGUAGCACCCAAGAAACUCACAAAUAAUUCCUGCCAUGUUUUGUUGUUCCAGAAAAAGAGAAAACUGAUUCUGAUACUAUGCGAUAAAUAGGGUAUAGAAAAUUAGGACACGUUUUAGUGGAAUUUUUUAAAAAUAAUUUUUGGAUUUUUUUUGUAGAAUGCCAAUUGCUAAUUUGAAAAUGUCACGUUCGAAUACAAAAAGCGAAAAGGUUUUAAUAGGCUGGCAAAAAAUUACCCGAAUACACUAUUUUUAGAAAUGCUCAAAAAUGGCUUACCCAUUUACACUACACGUUUUUAGAAAUGAUGCCCGUUUACACUAUUUUUAUUUAUAAGGCUACACUUUUACACCUUUACACUAUUUUUCUGGAAAAGAGUUGUUGAAAGUGCCAAAAAAGACUGAAAAAUAGUGAAAAACAGUCAUUAUAUGAGAAUUAGCAGAGCCAAAGCAUGAAAAUCGUAGAUAAGUUGAUAAUUCCAUGUUUUUUAUUAUGUUCAAGUCUGAAAAUCAGAGUUAUUUCAAGCCAAAAGCCAAGGAAAGUUAAUUAUUCAUUUUCUAAGCAGGCUUUUAUAUUCCUUUUUAAUUUUCUGAAAUUAUUUAUUACCCGAAAAAUACCCCUUUUCUUACUCUAAAAUCCUUUAUUUUCGAACAGAAACCUUUUAUUCACUUUAGGAAACCAUUAUUUUGUUUCGACAUUGAGAUUUUGGCAUUUAUUUUCUUUUUUCCAAGCCGGAGCAAAAAUAGUGUAUUCGUGUAUUAUUGUAAAAAUGUAUAUAGUGUAAAAGUGUAAGUGUAUUCGGGCAUUUCUGCAAACGUGUAAAAAUAAAAUUAGUGUAUAGAAAUACCCGAAUGCCUCAUUUUUGUCAGCCUAGGUUUUAAAUGAAUUUGCCGGGGUUUAUAAUUUGCAAAAGUGAACAUUAUGAAACUAAAUUAUAUUUUGUUUUAGGUCAACGACAGUCCAUCUGCACCAGAUGAUAUUUCAGUUGUUAAAGUUGAGAGCGAUUGCUUGCAUAUUGAAUGGACAGCACCUGCUGAAACAAAUGGUGCCGAAGUAACAUCUUAUGUCAUUGAAAAGAAAGAAGCGGGACGAAGAAAGUUCCACAAAGUCGCAACAGUCAAUGGCAGAAAAACAUCGCAUAUUGUAGAUGAUUUGGAAAUCGAGACACCUUAUAUUAUUCGAAUUGCUGCUGUUAAUAAAUUCGGAACUGGAGAAUUUGUUGAAUCGAAACCAGUUCAAACUGGUAGCCCAUUCCAAGUUCCAAACGUGGAAUCUGCUCCAGUUAUUGAGAAUUCAACAUCAACAACUUGUACACUAUCCUGGCCAAAACCAUUCGAUGAUGGAGGUUCUCCAAUUUAUGGUUAUGAUGUUUAUAAGCGAGAAAAUGGAGGAGAUUGGCAGAAAUUGAAUGGUGAAGAACUUAUAUUUAAUGAAGGAUAUCAUGUUAAAGGACUUGGAGCUGGAAAAGAAUAUGAAUUCAAAAUCGAAGCUGUCAAUGAAGCUGGACUUCGAUCAAAUUCAAAUGUUGUUUCAGACAAAUUGAGAGUAGAAGGAUUGGUUCCAGAAGUUGUAUUGCAAAUUCCAAUCGUAAAAGUUAUUGACAACGAAAAAGUUGAAGUCACUUGGAUUCCAGAUGAGAAGGAAAAAGACUAUGUUAUCCAAUAUAAAUCAGAUGGAUCAUCAAUUUGGGCAAGUGUUGAUUCGAAUGGAACAAGUUGCACAAUUGAUGGUUUGAGAGAAGGAAUUGCUUAUGUAUUCCGAGUUGCAGCAAGAAAUGAGCAUGGAACUGGGGAAUUCAGUGAACCAACAAUUCCAGUUAUUGUUUUGGCUGAAGAUGCUCCAAAAGUAUUGAAAGGUAUCAAAUCAACUAAAAUACCAAAGAAAUGUGAAUUGCGUCUCGAAUGUCAUGCAGCUGGACAUCCUGCACCUGAAUAUAUCUGGUAUAAGGAUGGAAAAGAAAUCAUUCCAAUGGAUGAAAAUACCGAAAUUAUCAAUGAAGGAUCGAUGAGUGCAUUGAUUAUUCAUGAAAUGAAUUCAGAAGAUGCAGGAAAAUACAAAAUUCUUGUUGAAAACAUUCAUGGUGUUGUGGAAUCUGAAGCUGAAGUUUCAAUCAGCGAUGUUCGUGCUCAUUUCAAUUCAUCAUUCUCGGAAAUGACUGAAAUUGCUGAAGGACAAGAUAUUGAAUUGACUUGUGAAGUAUCGGAUGAAGAAGCUAUUGUGAAUUGGUAUAAGGAUGGAAAACGAUUGGUCGCUUCAGAUAGAGUUCAAUUCUUUGCAAUGGCUAGGAAAAGAACACUUCGAAUCAAGAAUUCGACAGAUUUCGAUAGUGGUGUUUAUAAAUGUGAAACUUCAGAUGGAAGAAGUAAAACUGAAGGAGAAGUUAUUGUAAAUGAAGAAGAACCACAUAUUCUUGUUGGACCACAAGAUCAAAUUGUCAAAUCAUUUGGUGAAAACAUUGUUCUCACUUGCAAAUUAUCAAAACCUGUGAGAAAAGUCAAAUGGUUCAAGAAUAAUGUUGAAAUUUGGCCACAAAUGAAUAAAGCUAUAAUGGAAAAUGAAGGAACAACUGCCACACUUCAAAUCAAGAACUUUGAUCAUCAUGAUGUUGGAGAUUAUUAUAUUUCAAUCACCGAAAAAGAAAAAUCAGCUCCAUCCAAAAUUCAAUUGGAAGUAUCACCAAAUGUUACAGUUCCAGAAGUUCUUGCAAACGGUGUUAUUGUUCAUGCUGGAAAUGAAUUCGACUUCAAAGUUGAUUUCUCUGGAUUCCCAGCACCAACAAUUCAUAUGACAAACAAUGGAACACCACUAAAAGCUAUCGCUAUCAUUUCUGAAUAUGAUGAUUGUGUAAGUGUUCGAAUGAAGAACUUAACAAUGGAUAAUUCUGGAAUUGUUCGAGUUAUCGCUGAAAGUCCACUUGGACAAUGUAUCAGAGAAAUUCAAUUGACAGUUAUUGAUGUUCCAAAUCCACCAUCUGAUCUUAAAUUCGAAGAUGUUACUGAAGACAGUGUUGUUCUUUUAUGGAAACCAACAACAGAAACAAAUGGAUCACCAUUAACUGGAUAUGUUAUUGAAAGAAAAGGAGUUGAUAAUAAUAGAUGGAGACCAGUCGGACAAGUUAAACCAACAAAAACAUCAUUUUUGGCUGAUGAAUUAUUCUGUAAUCAAGUAUAUGGAUUCCGUAUUUUGGCUGUAAAUGAUGUUGGAGAAUCAGAACCAUGUGAUACAAUUGAUGUUUUAACAUUAGAAAGUUCUGAACCAACAAGUGAAUCCACAGAAUUAUUCGUACCAAAAAUUGCGGUUUUGGCAACACCACAAGUAACAGUAAGUGUUGAUGAUACAAAAGUGACCCUCCGAUGGCAAGAAGUACCAGAAACCAGUUUGUUCAAAGUGGAAAGAAAGAAAAUCGGAAGUGAGGAAGAUUGGCUGGAAAUUGCCAAUACUGAUAGAAAUAAAUUCAAAGAUUUAUCAUUGACUGAAAGCGGAGAAUAUAUUUAUCAAGUCACGGCAACUGGAAUUCACGCUUUAUCAAGUCCAAGUGAAGCAACUGAUCCAGUCAAAAUUAUCAUUCCUGGAUCAGAAUCCGUUGAACAACCAAAAGAAGUCACAGAAAAGCCAAAAGUAAAAAAAGUGGCUCAAGGAGAGGAAGAUCUUAAAGAAAUUAAAGAAAAAUUGAAGAAGGGCAAAGCUGUUGAAAAAGUUCAAGACGAAUCAAGAAGAGGAUCACUUCAAGCAUCUGAUGGUGAAGACCUUUCACAACAAAAAGCAAAAACAUCAGCUGAAGAUGCAAAACUAAAAAAGAAGAAAGUUGUGAAGAAAAAGAAGUCAUUGGUCAAAGCUGAUUCCGAUAAAAUCGAAUUAGUUGUUGGAAAAUGUGGCGAAGUUCGUGCAACAUUAAAUGAGGCUGCAAUUGAUGUUGAAUGGACUAAAGAUGGGAAAUCCAUCGAUGCAGAUGCUUCUUUCACAAUUGUAACUGAUCCUACAUCUUCAGUUGUCAGAAUACCAAACGUUGAUUCAAAAACAUCUGGAACAUUCACUUGCAAAGUCAAAUCAAAAGAUGGUGAAGUUGAAGAAGCUACAAUCAGUGUAACCGUGAAGCUUCCAGGUAAUCUUGAUCUGAACUUAGAGACAAAAACAAACAAACAAAUGUUUUCAGCAACUGAUGAACCGAAAGUUGAAGCUGAACAAACUUUAGUUGAAGUGAAAAUCGGAGAAACAGCUAAACUAUCAGCAAAGAUCUCAGGACAAGAUUCUGUUGAAUGGACCAAGAAUAAUGAGCCAGUAAAGGUAAUUGUUUUUUGAAAAAAAAAUGCAUCACACUUGAAUAUUUUCAGAUCGAUAGUAAUGUUCAAUCAACAGUUAGUGAUGCUGGAAUUGCUGAACUAACAAUCAACAAAAUCGAACCAACACAUGCCGGAACAUACAAACUCAACGUUAAAAAUGAUGUUGGUAAGAAGCAUGUCGAAAUUGCUGUUCGAAUCAAAGGUGCAACAAAAGGAGCACCGGGAAUACCAACUGGUCCAAUUGUUUUCUCAAAUAUCACUAAUAAUUCGGCUGAACUUGAAUGGAAAACACCAGAAAAUAAUGGAGGAUGUGAAAUUAGUGGAUAUAAUGUGGAGAGAAAAGAAAAGAAAAAUCGAGGAUGGAAGCAAUGUGGAAAAACAAAAGAAACCAAAUAUCGAUUAGAAGAUAUUGAGGAAGAAACAGAGUAUGAUGUUAGAGUUUCAGCAAUUAAUGAAAUGGGAACUGGAAGUUCUUCUUGAAGCUUGUUUUAAGACAAAGGCUGCUGUCAAAAAACAAGAAGAGAAGAAAACAACAGAAACCAAAUCUGAUGCUGAAACUACUUUGAAUGCGCCAGGAAAACCAACAUUGGUAUCAACAAGUGCAACAUCAAUCUCAUUACAAUGGGCUGCACAAAAUGAGAAAGAUGUGACUUAUACAGUUCAAAUGAAAGAGGUUGGUUUUUGACAGAACCCGAAACCCAAAAAAAACUAACUAAACAUUUCGUUGUUCCUAUUUGUCCUCAAUGUUCCAUCGAAUAAUGUGAAUAGCAUUGUCAAUUUGAUUAUAUAUAGGGCGGUUUUGAGAAGGUGGAACUCUAGAAAUGAUUGAAAAUUAAGAAAUUGUGGAAACGUGAAAAAGAAUGAAUAAAAAAUAAAAAUUUUUCUUUAGGGCUGAUUCACGAACGAAAAAAAUGUUAAAAAAAUUUUUUUAACAUCGAAAGAUCAAUUCACGAAAAGUCAAAAAAUGUCGAAAAAACAUUGUAGGUCAAAAUUAGUUUUACGAGUUUUUCAGCCAAAAAUGAUGACAAAUCGAUUUUUUUCAAGCUUCUGAAGUAAUUUCUGAUAAAAUUGACUUUGGAAUUCACUUUCCAGAAGGUUUUGCUGAUUUUUCGGAAAAUAAAAAAUUUUAAAUUUUGAUGAAUUUCGAAAAAAAUCAUAAAAUAAAGCAAAAUAGGGUUCUCGAAGCUUAUUUUCAUCAGAAAUCACUCCAGAAACUUCAAAAAUUUCGAUUUGUCAUCAUUUUUGACUGAAAAACUGGAAAAACUAAUUUUGACCUACAAUGUUUUUUCGACAUUUUUUGACUUUUCGUGAAUUGAUCUUUCGAUGUUAAAAAAACAUUUUUUAACAUUUUUUUCGUUCGUGAAUCAGCCCUUUUGGAAAACAGUUUUCCCUGCCCCCAAAUAAAUGAGAAAAUCAAUAAAAAAAACGAAGCAAACAACUUCGACUUUUUGUAGAUCAAAAACUUUGCUGACCUACCAGAAAAAAAUAUGAAAAAUUAAAUUUUUUUCAAAAUUAUUUUUUUAUAAACGUUAGCAAUGGGGCGCACUUACCCGUCUUAUUUAUAUCCAUUUUUUUUCAAUCAAUUUUUUCCAGGCGAAUUCAAAACGACCAUGGAGUCCAGUGGCUAAGGACUUGCAUGAAUGUUCGGCAACCAUAUCUCAAUUGAAAAAUGGCGAAGGAUACAUUUUCCGAAUUGUUGCUCAAAACAAAAACGGUCAAACUGUCACAUCGGAAAAUAGUGAAACAAUUGACUGUAAAGAUAGUCAAGGUAUGUUAUUUUCUGAUUCAAAUUUUUAUUUCGCAUGAAAUCUAUCCCUAACUAAUAUUUCCGUUUUUAACUUGUCAGAAAUUAGCUAAUUAAUUAUAUUUUCUAAUUUCUCACAAAACCUCACCUCAUCUCAGAUCUCACUACUUCUUCCUCGAAAUCCUCCAAAAAGUCGCCUCGCAUGUGA